CUCCAAAGGCACAUGUUCAGCAUCAUUUGAUGUCAUAUCCUUUUUGAAGGGAACUUUAAAACACAGUGUGGUAAGUCUGUACUUCUCCUCUUCAAUAUUUUAUCAAUAUCAUUGCGCACACAUAGAGCAGAUUAAUUGAUUGUCAACUGUGUUGUCAACAUAUUCAUGAGAACUUGCUUUAGAUGUUUCAUUUACAAAAAUGUAGAUAAAGUAUAUAAAAACAGGAGUUGAUUAAGGUCUUACAGUGACAGUUCUGAGGUCUUCAGUUAGCAAAAGGCCCUAAAAUGGCUGAAAUGUCAACUGUGUUACCUGUCAACUGUCAAGUUUACUGCCACAUUUUAUGUUUAUAUUUAGAGACAAACAUAAUGAUUUGUGUUUUAGGAAGAUGGGUUUAUCUGCUGCUGAGAAGCAGUGCCAGUACAGGGGUCGGUGUGAUGCUGAUUCUGAUAGAAGGGCUGCAUUUUUACAGAAACACUGAGAUUAAAAAGGUUCCUCCUGUUCACCUGUCCUGUCAACUGUGUUACUCCCACCAACAGUGUUACUUUGUCUGUCAACUGUGUUACAAGUGUUUUUAUGUCAUAAAUCUCUUAAAUGUUGAAUAAACUGUUGCAAAAAAGAUGGGGGACAUCUCUAGAGCAGAAAGUCUUACAUAAGAAUGGUGAAUAACUCUAAAUUCAGUGUAAUGUGAGUUCAUGUUGAAAAAGGUUGCAAUCUACAUCACUGUAUCCCAUAGCAUCACCAUUAUGAAGCUCAAAAUUCACAUUUUUAAACCAGUUGGACAGAUAAACUCAAAACCCCAGGUGUAUAGACUCAAACACUUUCAAACAAAUGUGUUAUCAAAUCUUUAGUAUUUUAUAUGUUUUAUAUGGCACAACAAUUGUCCGUAACAUAGUUGACAAAAUGAUAAAUCAAAUGUUCAUUUUCAUUAAAAUUUUUAAUUUAAAAGUCAUUUGAGCUUAAGCUUGCCAAUUAAUUGAUUUGGCACAUUAAGGGUGUAAAUCAUAGAAACAUCUAGUUUAUGUAUCAAAAAAGAAUACUGAUACUUUGAGUUUUUGGUCCACCUAAAUUGUACCCCUAAUAGUAGAAUGACUCAAUUGAUCAAACAUUUUCGGACAGUCCACAGUUUUUAUUUGUCCUUUUCUCUCCAGGUGUUCUCCUCUCACCUUGCAGGUAACAUACAGUGUGGUGGCGUCAUGUUUUCGAUAACCAGUUGUUGUUUUUGUAGGUCUUAAUCUGAAAGUGUGACCGGAAGCAGGUGUGUUCGGUCUCGUGUCCGCUCUCUUGACGCAGCCGCUCCUCCGGUAACGAUGCCUGCCGUCACCGUAACGUUACCUGGAUGAGACGCUCCCGCAUCCAGCUGUGUCCUCGCGCACCGCACCGGAGCGUGCCCGGCGCGAGACAGGACAACGGUUACUGGCGGUGGUUGGAAGGCUCGUGCGUCUCCGUUAACGGCGAACAUUGGAGAAACACGCACGGCUGUCCCCGGAGACCUGGUCCGGGACGGGCAGAGGGAGGCUCGCGCUGCAUCUGUUGCCUGGGUGAAUUCACGAACACGUUAGCAUCAGGCUAACGCUGCUAGCUUUAUACACAGGUACAAAACGGGACAACGAGGCGAUUUUACAACGAAAUUAACGGAUGUCAUCCCUCGUUCCAGAUAAACGUCACUCCACGUGAAUGUUUGGUGAGUCUCGGGUUCGGUUCGGGGGUGAAAUAAUCCGUCCUGAGCGCGAGACCUACCUGAAAGGUGAGGGAAUGGGCUUGCUGUAAGGCUAACGGGGGUUAGCGUGUUAGCCUGAUGGAGGCAGAGUAACCUGCUGAUAGAGAUCAUGGACAUCCUCUUAGUCUACUAAAGGCCGACUGCUCCAUGGAGUCCUUCCUGCAGAUAGCGCCUCACUCCCUGGCUAUAGUGCUGUCCAGGACUGGGGCCGGGACCGGGGCCGGGGAGGCGGGGGGAGCGGGCGGAGUGUCGGAGAGCGACGAGCUGCCCAGGCACCACACCGGGUACGAGAUCUUUGCGGAUUUUAAAGCGGAGAACACGCAACAGCAUGUGUGGAACCAGAGGAUCACUGAGGCCGUGUCCGAGACCUUUUUCUUGGGCUGGAUAGACGAGCAUGUGCUGCUGAUCCAGGGGAAGGAGGACCACCUGGAGGUGCUGAGGGAGGGAUGGAUGCGGAGGUCCCUUAACCCGCCGCGGGGAUUCACCAUCAAAUACCUGGGUAAGGCCUAGUUGCAGGUGCGUGUCCAGAGUUUAAGGUUGGGGGGCCGACUGGGGCUCCGACUCAUACAGGAAAGAGCAUGGGGUAUGUGCAGCAAGGACUUAGGAAUAUCAUAUAUUUAUAUCACUAUUUUCACCAAUCACAUUGGUUUUAACUGUUAUAAUAUCAAUGUGUUAUUUCCAUUAGCAGUUCUUUAAAGUAAUAGUUUCAGAUGUUUACUUUAGUUUGUAAAUGGGACAGAAUAGUGGAUGGAGCAGGAAAUGGGGAAAGAGAGAGUGGGAUAUGACAUGAGAAAGGGACUGUCUACUUGAGGACUAGACUCUGUACUUUGGGCGCGAGACUCCAUCACUCGGCCUCAUCUCUGCCCAAUAAAUACUUUUUAACACUAACAGGUAAGAAAACAUGGUGUCAGCACAUAAUGCCGAUCACUUCUGUCUCUAUUUCUGCAUUCAAAGCUGCAGUUAAAGGUCUGAACACUAAGGUAGCGAUAGAAGGGACAGUUGUUUUUAAAUCAGAAGAUAGACUCAAAGAUAUGAAUUAUAAACAGUAAUAACAAUGGUUUUGUGAAAAUGUUUUGUUGUUCCUAAGUACUUAAAAUGUACAUCAAUUUCUGGUAUGAAUAAGUGCAUUUUUUACAUUAAAGUAUAUAUUUCUAAAAGAUAAUAAAUAAAAAAUAAUAAUGUUAGUAUUUUAUUCAUGCUGAAAAUGUGAUGAUAUAUAUCUUAUGUGAAUAAUUGUAUUUUCUGAACAGAAUGUCAAAAUGCAUUACCAAGUUAUUUUGAGCCAUACAAACCCCCACAACAAUCAACAUUUGCUACUAAAAUGAAGGAAAUAGCCUGUUUAUGGGUUUAGAGUCUUUAAGCCAAGCUAGCACGCUGUCAUGUAGUCAUUUUGAACUCCACUUCAAGAGUUGAAUUUCUUGAAUAUACUUAUAAAUAUAGAGAAAUAUAGAGAAUAUAAUAUAGAGAAACUAUAACAAAUGUCUCUGUGGGGAUCAAUAAAGUUCUUGUAUUGUGUUGAAGAAGAUUUCAGGCUAGGAUUUAUAGAAAAGAGAGGAUUUUUGCCGGCAAAUCACAUAAUGGGUUUCAGGUUGACUCUUUUUGCACAGAUAUGGAAGAAAACGGCACAAACCUUUUCAAUCUAAUUCUUUAGGAUUCAGAAAGACGAUUUUUCAGUGUAACAAUAUGAAGAAUGAAUGUGCUAAACUGAAACAGAAGAAUAAAACCUGCCAGCAGCCUGGUGCAUCGUAGACCAAACAGUUGACUUUAACUCAAACCUAACAAAGCAAACAGCCAAUCAUAGUCAAGGAUUUUUGGGGUUGAUAUCUGUGGUAGAUGUAAAGCGAGCCCAUGCCACCCCUGCCCACCCUCUGGACACGCCCCUUCCGUGUGUGAUUGUGUUUGUGUUUUCUGCACACCACACUGCACCUGUUUAUUUGCUACAUUCAGGUAGAACCAGAUUCUCCACAUGUACCCUGAACCUGUUAAUAAGCAGCUCUGACACCGUUGAAGCACUGAGGUGGAAAAUGUGAUAACUGAGUCUUCAGUCUGUGGUUAAACGCAGAGAGUUUUACUUUAGUUGAAACUUUCCCUUUACCUUCAAUGCAUGCACAUGGGGAAGAAAAACAAUAUGGAGGCUGUGUUUAAAUGUGCAAACUGCAGGUGCAAAUCAGUAUUUUCUUGGAGUAAUGACACGGGUAGAGUAAUUAUCUUAUUCAACUUAUUAUUAUGAUACUAACAGCUGUGGAUAAAACGUGAGGUAAAUACAUACCUAACCCUUCUAUUGAAAACUUAGGCUAAGGACAUUAUAGCUCUUUGAAGUUUGUAGAUAACCUUUAAAAGUUAAGAGUGAUUUUAGAAAUCACUGCUGUCAGUCAUGAGUAGAAGGGUGCAUGUUUGAUUGGUUGUAAACUAAAUGAGAUGCUGAUGACCUCACCUGACCCUCAGUGAACCACUACCCCCAACCCCAGCUGACUUCAGGAAGUGAAUGCGGUUUGUGUGACAGACAGGAUGGAGUCAUCAGUAACUUAGAGGUUUCACACUCUUUUUUUCUCCCGUCUCUUUACUUUCUCUUGCAUGUUAUAAAGUCACUCUGAAUCUAUGAAGCCAUGUCGUGAAUUUUUUUUUCUAAUACUUACAUUAUGUUUUUAUCUCAGUUUGGGCAGCCUUUGAUAAAUAGGUGUCUGCUUCUUCUGGGUGAUUGUUUUGAAAAAUACACAAAUAUGACACACAUAGAAUUAGUAUUACCUUGGGAUCUCUGCUGAUGUGGAAAUAAGUCCCUUAUGUCGGUGUUUUAAGUGGCAGAUUUUCACAGAACAAGCAAAGUUUUCUUAAAUUUAAGACAUUUCUGAUUGAGAAUACCAGUGUGCUGCACCCCCCUGCUUCCUUCUCGUCUCUGUGGGCAGCGUCACACUCUAAACCCUGCUGAGAAUUAAGAAAAAAGAAGAAGCCGCCUCUGUCGGAUUAUUUCCACAAAUAACAUGUUUAAAACAAGAUAGAACUUUACAUCAUACAACUUUAUAAGUUACCUUUCAAUAAAGCAGGGUGUUUGCAGCCCCACCUCCAGCUGCUCCCCUCUCAUUUAAAUGGUAGGAGACAGUAAUUUCACCUGGCUUCUAAAUGGUUGCACCAAAAAAGUCUUGAAUUAAAAGUUGUUUACUGUAGCAGUGACUCUACAGCUUCAAACGUUUUGUUUUCUUCAUAUAUUUUGGGGAUCAAGACUUGAUGUGAAAUGUGUGCUUUAACAUAUACUUUCAGUAUGUAUUCAACAUGCCAUUACCUUGAGGAAAAAAACAGUGUGUUGUACAAAAACCCAAUUCGUUACUCAAGCCAGUAGAAAUAUGUCUUUCCAAUGAAUGUUUGUAUUUGCCUGCAAAACUGGCUGCAAGUCAAAAAAUUAAUUUUGGAUCUCUCAGGUAGCAUCGUCUGACAAACUAUUAGCACUCAAAAGGCAAUUAAUCCAUUUGAAAAGUAAAAAAAAAAGUUCCUAACUUCAUGCUGCAAAGCACAACAUCUAUCUAACACUGUUCUACACCUGGAUCUUUGAUGGAUUUUGUUUGCUCUUCAGUGAAUGGGUUCUGCUUCUGUGUAGAGAAAUACAAAAAAGUUUUGCCGGCAAAGUGCUGUCAAAAAAUCUUGAUUUGCAGUGUCCAACCCAGCCUCAAUCAUUUUUGACCAGAAAAGCUGCAGAGAUCUUCUUACAUUUGGUGUUUUAAAGGUGUUUUUGAUGCAGAUCUAAACUUCAUGAGCUGGAUGGACAGGAUUUAAUAAAGUCAAUCUACAUCUCCACGCAACUUAAGGUUGUCAGACAGACGUGUGUUUAUCUGAGAAAAGUCACAUGGUAGAAAAGAGGUGCUGGACUAAGUUGUGUCUCUGAUAUCUCUGUUGUGUGUGUUUGAAUCUGUCUUUGCUCAAUAGAUUCACACACUGUGAAAGAGGAGCAAAGGGGUAUUUCUCUUUGUUUUCAGCUGACUAAGGAAACUCAUCAUGUUUUAUCUCAAUGAAAUGUGCUGUUUCGUGUAUGUUACAACAUCUGACAUGUUUAGAUAUGUGCUGACUGUCUCCUCUCCGCAGCUCUUCAGUUGUUGAACUCUUUUGUCUUGGAUUACGAAGAGAGAUAUAGAGAGAGAGUGUGUGUGUGUGUGAGAGAGAGAGAGCAGGUUUUCUGCUCUGAUUAAAGAAAAGAAAGAGAGAGAGCCAUGAAUAGAAGUCUUAUUCUCUCCACCACCACCACCACAGGCAGUCACACACACACGCACAUGCACGCACGCAUGCACGCACACACACACACACACACACACACACACACACACAAAUAAUCUGGCUAUCAGAUAUAUUUGACCUGUGUUAUAAGGAGCUCAGAUUAUGAGCGCUCUGAUUGGUGGUCAGUUGAAAAUAAAGAUCCUGGUCAUACAAACUAAUAUCUAGAAAGUUUUUAUCUGAAAUAUUUUACAGAUUUAAGUCUUUCAAAACUGUCAAAGGACUUUCUUGACACUAGAAGAAAAUCCAUAAUAAUGUCUUCAUGUUACUUUUUUUUACUCAAGUUUGGGAUUUUCUUUGCCUUUUUAUUCCUCUUUGCCUGAGUAUCUUGAAAUUCUGUUUUCAGAUUAAAUAUGCUUUUAUUUUGAAAGCACACAAAGGCUCUUCCUCUACAUGGUAAAGUUGGAGAAGUCAGUAAUAACAGCUGAAAGAAGGAUCAGCAGUAAAAAUGGUAAAUGUAAUAGCACCUCUCUGUAGAAAAAAGGUCUUUUGCUGUCAUAGAGAAGUUUGUUAUGGCUCUUUGUGUACAGCAGCUCUCAUUUAGAAUCUUUGUUUAUGCACAAAUAAGGCCUGAAACUGGUACCGUGUUAGAUCCCUACAAGAGCCUUUGUUCCGCUGGCUAAUAUAACUGCAGUUUAAUAACAAAUUGUAUAAAAUACAAAUGUAUUUUCAGUAUCAUUACCCUUUUUUUCUGCAGUGGAGUUUUGAUGACAAUCAUAUCAGAAAUGGUGAUUCAACUUGACUUGUGGUUGACCCAGCAAAAGGCAGAGAGAUGGAACUGAGGCAGGCUUUAACCUUCUUGCAGACAGCUUUAUUACAAAUAAAGCACUGAUUUGGGAAGUGCAGGGGGGUGGCGACUGUGCAUCACAUUAAAAACCCUCUAAUUUUUAAGGCGUGGCGGUUAUUCAGCCAUGGCGGUGCACCAUGAUCUGUUACAUGUAGAGGAAACCCUGGAUUACCAGUAAAUUGAGUCAGCUACGAUGAAAAACCUCUGAUCUUGAUGUCCUCGAAAGAAUGAGAUAUUUAAAAUUAUAAAUCUCGAGACAGUGUGUAUGAAUCGGUAAAGAAGCUACUCAGAGCAAAACUCGUUUUUGAGCCAGGUUGUAAACAUGCUCACUCUAGCUAAAAUGAUGGACUUUUUUUGAAUGAGUGUGUAUUUGACUUUUAGGGCUUUUGCAGCCAGCCUCAGAUGGACACUUUAGGAACUGCAGUUUUAGCAAUCCUGCACUGGGGCGGCUGUGGCUCUGUGAUAGAAUUAGGCUUUGUCCACACGGAGAUGAAAAUGAUAUAUUGUUGUUUCAUCAUGAAAAGGUGUUGAAAUAGAGUGGUGCGAUAACACUGCCACGGAAAUGCACCAAAAGACAGAAGAGGAGUACAGAGCAUUUGUACAAAGGUUUCGUGCUGUAUACAAUUCAGGUCCAUGCAGGUGCCUAAGAAAGUUUUGCAGAGACGAAAUUAAUUUGUAUACAGAUUUAUGUAAUCUUGGACCCGUUUGAUAAAUAAUCAUUCACAGUCACCUGAAACGCUGUUUCUUUGUGAAUGAAAUGCCAGUACAACAUAAAACUUUUGUGUUUACUUCUACAUUUGUUUCCGUGUGGACGAGGCCUUAGUCUUAGUCAGGUCAGGGGUUUGAUCCCAGGACCUGUUGCCCACAUGCUGAGGUGUCCUUGGGAAAGACACUUGAUCCCACCCACCCCUGCUGGCUGCGCCCACGAGUGUGUGAAUGGGAUUAGUUAAAAGCUGAUGAGUUCUUCACUCCUGAGAACAGUUUCGACACCACAAGGUCUUUAAAUAUGAGGCGAGCCGACUGGGAGAUCUCUGAACUCACAUCUAGGAAAUAUAUUUGAAAUAUUUGUAGACAAGAUUUGGUUACCUCCAUAUAAAUGCAAAUGUGGGUUCAAGAGAGUCUUAUACCAGAGUGUGAUGGGACGUUGCUGUGGUCAGGAGGUUUUUUGUGAACAGGAGUCACAUAUUAAAUACAGUACAGGGCCUUAAACUCAUGUUGUGAGGUAGUUAAUGCUCCGUCAUACUGGACAUGCCCCCCACGUCCCUGUGCCCUUAUCUUUCAACGAAACUCAGUUUAUGUUCUGCAUCACAAGUGAUGUAACGGUCCACUGACCCAGCAGGUCCUGACAAAUCAGUAAAACUUUAUGGGAACUUUCAAAUUCCCACUGAAAUUUAGUCGUGAUGGAUUUAUGCUGCUGUCAGGAACCAAAAAGCAGAACCAGAACGUCCCACACUGACAAUUUAAACUGUCUGCUGUGUCAACAUGUUCACCACAAAUGAUUUUUUUUAGUGGCCGUUAUGCACCUCAUAUGCUUCCAGUGUAAAUCCUCUGCUGUAACACAUUCACGAUCAGGGUUUACUGUGCCAGGCUACUAAACUCUACUGAAUCCAGCUGGACCCCUUGGUGGAGACAAGUAUUGACUUUGUUUGGUAAAUGAGAGCUCAGGUGUAGCCCAUGUUGGUGUGCUUCUAUUCAGCUAUAGGUGAAAAAGACACAGUGAUGUCCAAUGAGAGAAGUCAAAGGCAGAAAGCGCCUUGUGUGGUUUAUAAAGAGUAUCAAUAUUAAUUUGUCACCUCACAGAUAUGAGUCAUCUCUGACACACCUGUAAAACCAUCUUCCUCCUCUGUGGCAUUUAUUUUACACCUGAACUUAUUCACUGUGCACACUGACGCCUGUCUGUAAAUCAGCUGAUCACACAUAUUAAUCAAACAUUAGGACUUCUGUUGAGGACUAUUUUUAGAGGCGAAUGAAUCCACAUCAUCCUGAAGUGAGAGUUUGAUACUGAUAAACUGUAGAGAGUUCUAGAGUGACCACACACAAAGGCAGUCAGGAUGUGUUCACAUUAACUGAACCAUAAAACAUAAAGUCUGACUCUUUCCUCACCUGUCUGCACAUCUUCCUGUGUGUGUGUGUGUGUGUGUGUGUGUGUGUGUGUGUGUGUGUGUGUGUGUGUGUGUGUGUGUGUGUGCGUGUGUGUGCGUGUGUGUGUUUGGCUCAGAGGUAUGAAGACAGCUCUGAACAUUACUCAGCAGAUCAAGUUACUACAGCUAUGUGGUGUCUCUACAAACACACACACACACACACGCAGACACUAACACGCACACACACUGACUUACACACCUGGUCGUGUACAGACAGAUGAGGUUAGUUUUGAGGUAAUUGAGCUGAGCCUUUCAUCUGGAGGAAAAUUACUUUUACCAUCACAGACCUCAGUGUGUGUGUGUGGGGUGGGGGGUACCUGCCUGCAGGCGUGGGGUUUCCUCCCCCUCUCUCUCUGUCUGUCUGUCUGUGUUGUUGUUGGUUCGACUCUUUCAUUAGUUUGUCUUUAAUUAAUGUCAUUACAGAGUCAGAGCUGUGUGUGCACAGGAUGUUCACCAUUACACACAAAUAGACACAGUAUCAACACACACAAAAUACAAAAAGUAAAAGUUGUUUUCAUUGACUUACUCAGAAGCCGACACAUCCUUGGAAGAAGGGCGUCACCAGUUUGGAUAAUUUUUUUUCACUGUUUCCAAAGAGGAUAACUCUUGAUGCAGAUAGCAUUAUAAGUACUUCAGAGAGGAUAGAAAAACUACUUGAGUUUUAAAACAACAAAUCUCACAAGUAACCUGGAAAGUUGUGGCUACAUAUAAAAAGUAUUGACGACAUAAGUAGCAGUAACUACAACAAAAGAACCAGUUUUUUCAUGUUUCAAAACCUAGAAAUGAAAACCUUGAGCUUAUUGAGUCUGUUAUACAGUCUUGUGGGUCCUGUAAAGUAAUGUUACGCUUAGAUCAAUCUUAUCAGUGUUGCGUGCACAUUGUAGACCAUCUUAUGAUGUUUUUUGAAAAGAACGGAAAAUUGAAUUAGUAGUUCAAGGUAUUAAAUUACAGAAUAAUUCUUGUUGCAGAGUUUAUUUCUUUUAAAUGACGUACAUAAGUAGAAAAUAUAAAAGCUUGCAAAAAACAGCAUUGUAGUUGCGGAAUAGUUCAAAGCCAUGAUGUGUUUUUUGUUUUUGCUUUUUUUGUUCUAUAAAAUUUAAACAGUGCAGUAUUGAUGUUUGCUCUGUGGUCAUUUCUCGAUCACUGUGAACACAGGCCUUUUAUAAACCUAUGAACCUCUUUGUCCACCAGAUGGCGACAGAAUACAGUGAAAUUUGACCCAGUACGCUUCCUCAGUGGUGUCUUCAGUUCUGUAGUGAUAUCUACAUGAGUGGUAUGUGUGUGUGUGUGUGUGUGUGUGUGUGUGUGAGAGAGAGAGAGAGAGAGAGAUGUUCCAUUAACAGUCAGUGGUCACAUACAUGUCAGUAGGAACAGUAGCAAGGUGCGCUGUGUUGCUCUCUGCUGUCCACUAGAAGAACAGCAUGUACAAAGGUAUGAAUCACAGUCCCAUACAGCAGGUGGGACUAUACGCUGUGUAUGAUUUAUAUACGACAUUAAUUCAAAUACGCAGUGAAAAAUAUUGAUCAAAACAAAAUUUGAUGGUUAGUAAAUCGUUUAAAGUCUGUAUUUGAUUAAAAAUGUUCAGAAAUAUCACAUGUCGUAACUGCCAGCAACACGUUUCAUAAAAGUUGGUACACGGUCAUGUUUCCCGUUGUUCUUCAUCAGCUCUUCUUUUUACAACACUGAACAUAUCUGUGAACCCAGGAGACCAGUUUCUGCAGUUUGCAAAGUGACAUGUCCCAUUUUUGCCUGUCUAGAAUUUCAGCUACUCCACAGUUCGGGGUCUCUUUUAUUGUAUUUUUUGUGUCAUGGUGCUCAAAAGGUUUUCCUUGGGUGACAGGUCAGUACUGCAGGCAGACCAGUUUAGCAGCAGGACUUUUCUACAACAGAGUCAUGCUGUUGUAACACAUGCAGAAUGUGAUUGUCAUUGUCUUACUGAAAUGUGAAAGGUCUUCCUUCAUGAGCCCAGGUCAUAUAUUCUGUGACUUGUUUCUGUUGUGUUGUGCAGUUCUGCCUCCUUCCCCUGCACUGUGUGGAUUCUUCUGUGUGAGUGUGACUGUAGGUGUGUCUGCUGUUUUGGUGCUGAUGCAGGUGUGAUUGGUCAUUUCAAGCAAAAGUUCAGCAUUUGAUUCUAUUAAGAGGUUUACCACUAGUUUAAAUCUCAACUGCUGCAGCCUGCUGUCUGGGAGCCAGGUGAGCCCUUCCCACUUUGGAGUGGAAAAUGUGGCGCCCAUGAUUGUUGCUCUGGUCUUCAACCAUGUGUAAAACUUUGUACUAGUGAUGGUGAGAUGAAGCCUCUUGAAGCAUUGAAUCUGUCCAUCAAAUUGUGUCACUUGUGGGCCGAAGCUUCAUCAUUGUGCUUCAUUUGCUCUACUGUGCCAUCAAGUGGACAAUAUAUGUAAAACAGACAGAGUGAUUGUCAAAGACACCUUGAGGCUUUGGUGCACAAAGCUUUUGAAUUGAAUGAAUGAAUGAAUGUGAUGCCAUGUGUUUGUGAUACCAAUACAGAAAUGAUGUAAGUUACUUAUAUGGUGUCUGUCUUUACGACAGUAGGAGGGUCAAAAGGAGAAGAGGACAUAAAUAAUAGAGAGGGUUGUGAUGUGAAUGUGCUUGUUACUUGUGUUGUGACUGUGCAUUUGUUAUGGGGACAACAUGGAACACGUAAACAUUUCAUUCAUCUUUAUUUAAAAACAACAAUUUUUCAACAAGUCUCAAGUCUACAGACUGUGAGGGUUACUCCAUCAUGUUUCGCUGUCCCUUAUCACCGCCAAACCCGCGAACCAGGUCCUGAAUCAGUCACGUGUUACGACCGGCUCGCAAGGCUUUGAACGUCUUCACACAUGUCAUCAACACAAGCUUUGAUACUCACUUCACUGAAAUUUUGCGGGAUUACUUGACAAACGCUCCAAAGCCUCGACACUAAAGAGCACAUCACUACUCUGUACUACCUAGAUGUAAACAAUCACAGAUGACAGAUGGCAUCUUAUCGCACGGUGUAGUUUCUUAGUAUUUUGAUCUAGAAAACAGGGAUAAGGUUUUGUGAAGGUUGUGUCUGGUUCAACUGAAAGGAAGUCUCAUACUCCAUGGAUCGAUUUACAAGAUCCGCCUUUUGUCUCCAAUACCUGAUCUAACUUUUUUUGGUCAGUAUUUGGCUGAUACCCAAUACCAGGAUGGGAUCAGUACAUCCCUAAUGUUGGCUACACCUGGCAAACUAAUUUCACAUCGUUUAUCCGCGAAAAAUUUGUAAGAAUCACAAAAAGUCCACGUAAUACCUUUAGACAAACUGGCUUGUUGUCAGUAUUGAAAAUUUCUUUUUAACAACCAAGAAAUGUGUCGGUAUCCGUCCAUAGCGGGCCAUGACAACAAAUGCUGCUAAUCAGUUCUAACAUAAACACUAACAUUAGAAUUUGAUUGUGUGAAAAUUACGUGUUAGAGUUGAUGGUCUGUUUUGCCAAGGUCAGACUACACAGUCUUUCUCUCUAUUAUGAUGAUAACUACAAAUGCUUAUGACAAUACUUUCUAAAUUGCUAAAGAGCAUCCACUACUUCUGUCCAAUAUUUCUCUUUGUUUAUACCACCCUGGUCAGCUGUCAACCUCCCAUCAUAAAGGCAGGAAUGUUGUCGCCAGAGUUCAAACUUUUCCUCUGUCCCAUAGUGCCAUCUUGCCCCAUUGGUCUUCUUUCACUUUACCAUUUUGGUUGUUUAGGCAUAUAACUUUUGGGCAUGCCUAGUGCCCUAGGCUCUCAUUGUCUGAUGUGAUAGGGCAAAUCAUAGAAGGCAGAGGAAAAUCUAAACAAAUCAGGGUUUUUAUCAGAAGGUUAUGAGGUGUCAAAGAUUUUACUUCAACUGAUGUUCAAACUGAGACACUACACGGGGUAAAAUAAAAAAACAAAAAGAUUUUUCAGGGCCAAGUCCCAACACCCUACAACUAAGUCAGUCACUGUGCUGAUCAUAGACAAAUCAUUUGACACAAUACAAUGAAGAGUAUGUGUCUGAUAUUGACAUGAAAACAUCUUCACCCAGCCCCAGUACACAAAUACAUAGGUCAUAGGUUAAAUUCAGGGACUUAAUUAUCUGAGGUGACACCUUUCUUCUGUUCCCUUUGAAGCACUCUCACAUGCUUGGCACAGACAUAAAUCACAGUACAAGAUAGUCUUGCAGACAUACAAGAACAUCAUUCAGUCUCACAUUUGGUUGUCUUGCAACUACAAUUGACUAUCUGCAAAACACUAUCAGGGGCAGGAUUUGUAGUCAUCCAUGUCACUGCCAACUCCCCAUCCUCAAUGUGCCACCCAUUGUGCAUCCAUACAUUUACAGGUUGUGAAUCGGUGGUCGCCCUUGCCAUGAAAGGUGACCACUGCCUUUCAUGGCUAAUCAGAACUGAAAAACAGUCAGUCUGGUGUUGUGUCAGUAUUCUUGCUUCUAACCAGGAUGCGUCUUUUUUCCCCCCGGAAAGUCGCAAAAUCGCAUCACACUUGAUGUGUAUAGUCAGGUGCGUCAAAAUUUGCCUCUGAAUAUUUAGUAAUUUGGGUCGUAUAUUUGCAUCGUUCCCGGUUAGUAAGGACCUUAAGAAUAAGAAGAACUUUAUUAAUCCCUGAAGGGAAACUCAAUUAAGGAGAAAGGAGCUGUGCCCUUUUGUUAGCCGUAACUUUCUACUUUCAGUGAAAAAUAAAAAACAGGUCAGUUCUUAAUAAAUGCAAGAGUGUCUUGAGCAGGGAAAUGAGCUAGAGAGACUCAAACUUUUUUUGUACCAGACUGUAAACAUUUGCAUUUCUGCUGUAUAGUUGAACAUUUUAACAUGGAGCUCUAUGGGGACUAACUCACUUUAAGAGUCAGCCUCUAGUGGACAUCGGAUAAACUACAGUUUGCAGAGGUUGCUGCUUGUUGACAGCUUAUUGCUCUCUAUAAAUACUGUGUUGCUGCCUGUUGCAGCAUUUGGUCAGUGUGUUGCUAACUGGAGAGUCAACUUCAGAGCUGUGUGCUGAUUGGCUGGCUCAUGGACUUGGCUGCUAUCCAGCUACACUUUCAACAGCACACAAAGACACACAAAAGCUUACAUGUCUGUACAUUUCCCCUCACUAACGGGCUCGGUGAGUGGGGUUUAGAUUUUGGGGGUGAGGAGAGGAGGGGGAGGUUGGGGUGUUGACUGACAUGAUCCCUCCCUCCUUUCUCUCCCAUAACAACACACUGAGCGACAGAGCGAGCAGGGAGAGAGAGGGAGAGAGGGGCGAGCGGACAGACGAGCAGACAAAGGAGAGGCAGCGCUCGCUCUGCUCUGGAUUAACCCUUUGUCCUGACUGCACGCUCCUUUUUCAUGGAUUUCUCUCUUUUACAUGUCCGCCAUCAUCCCCUCACCGAGCAACACACACAGACUCUCUCUCUCUUUCAAUCACACACUCACACACACACACAAACACACACACACACACACACACAUACACGUCCACACGCUCACACACUCUGUGUUCUCCCAGAGGAUCAACAGCUGGUGUGUGUGACGGCGUCCUGGAGGAGCGGUCGUGGAUGGAUGGAGGGGAGAUCGUGUCGCUCCCUCCCUCCGCUGGCUGAGCAGCUUCAUUUCUCUUGCUCUCUUUUGUAUUAGCGCGCCCCCUCCCUCCCUUUCUCCUUCCUGUCCUCCUCCCUCCCUGCUCGAGCUUUGUCUCUGUGACAGAGGUCCACGCUGGUCUUUUUACCGUCCUCCCAGCCCAGAGACCCUCUAAGCGUCCCCUCAUCCUUUACACUGCUGCUGCUAAAGCUAACAGCAGGAAGAACUGAUGCUGGAGCACCAUGCUAAGCUAACAGCUAGCUUCUGGAGCUCUGUGGACGCCUUGGCUUUCUGAGUGUUUUUUUGGUUUGUGUGUGUUUGUGUCUCAGUGUUUGGUGUGUGUGGGAGAGUGUGUGUUUGGUGUGUGAGUGCAGAAUUGGAGGAACCCCUGCUUUCCCUCUGUACUCCGUGUCCUCUCCUGACUCAUCUCUGUGGACUCUUCGGUCAUGUCAACAGCGACGUGACCAUGACUGAGUGGACCUGGGUUCUGUCUUUCCCACUGUGGAUGUUGUUGAUAUCAAUCAGCUGAUUUAUCUGUGCUGACACUUCAGGAUGGAAAUCACGUGAGGACGUGUGAAGCUGCAGUCCGGGGUCAGACACUGGACCCAAAGAUUGAGAAGUUUUAGUGGAAACUGAAUAAGAGUUGUAGAUAGAUCUGCCGUCUGUCUGUCUGUUUGUGGAGCUUGUGGAGAAUGAAGAAGUCGAGCAGUGGUGGUGGCAGGCUGAGGCGGGCCUGGCCCAGCUCGGACCUGAUUGAGCGCCUGCUGCCUCCUGCAGCGUCUGCAGAGCCGCUCAGGAGCCGCCGCUCACGGAGUGAGAAGGACUACAAAGUCCACAAACACAGCAAGAGACACCGCUACCCUCCACAGUAUGUGUGUCAGAGCCCGCCUGCAUACACACAACCAGGUACAGUACAUCAACACACACACACACAUACACUACGGAGAGUUUAACACCAAAUCAGGUUCACAGAUGUCUGACUGUGUGUUGGCCACAAAUUUUAGCCAGAGUUUUUACAUGGAUCUGAGAGUUCCAGUUUUGGUUACAGCAGGAUCUGUUUUGGGGUAAUUCCCCCGAAAAGUAAAGUAUAACCUCCUUACUAGCUACUUUUUAGAAAAGUGAUUACUCAAACAAAGGAUCAUGGUUGGGCCGUGGUUUAUUUCAACCAUCUGCAAGGUUCGAACUGUGUGUGGUACAUGGAUUGACUCAUCGACAUGCACAAUAACAAGUUGUGACUAGCUAAAACUGUUUCUUGAAACCCUUGCUUCUGCUCCAAACUAGUUCAUGAGAAGUAUGUAUGUCUGUUUGCAGUACUCCAACCUGUGUAUGAUUCUGUAUUAUUGUGUGGGUGCAGACUUCAGAGUUUGAUGACCAAAGCAAUUAAAAACAUUAAAUUAAAAACACACACACACACACACUGUACAAAUCUGCUUCAUCCUUCUCCUCUCUCCUACCGCUCCUCUCCCUGCUCUCCUCUCUCCUACGGCUUCUUUCCCUGCUCUCCUCUCUCCUACUGCUCCUCUCCCUGCUCUCCUCUCUCCUACUGCUCCUCUCCCUGCUCUCCUCUCUCCUACGGCUUCUUUCCCUGCUCUCUCCUACUGCUCCUCUCCCUGCUCUCCUCUCUCCUACUGCUCCUCUCCCUGCUCUCCUCUCUCCUACGGCUUCUUUCCCUGCUCUCUCCUACUGCUCCUCUCCCUGCUCUCCUCUCUCCUACCGCUCCUCUCCCUGCUCUCCUCUCUCCUACCGCUCCUCUCCCUGCUCUCCUCUCUCCUACCGCUUCUUUCCCUGCUCUCCUCUCUCCUACCGCUCCUCUCCCUGCUCUCCUCUCUCCUACCGCUCCUCUCCCUGCUCCCCUCUCUCCUACCGCUCCUCUCCUUGCUCUCCUCUCUCCUACCGCUCCUCUCCCUGCUCCCCUCUCUCCUACCGCUCCUCUCCUUGCUCUCCUCUCUCCUACCGCUCCCCUCCUUGCUCUCCUCUCUCUUACUGCUCCUUUCCCUGCUCUCCUUUCUCCUACGGCUUCUUUCCCUGCUCUCCUCUCUCCUACUGCUCCUCUCCCUGCUCUCCUCUCUCCUACCGCUCCUCUCCCUGCUCUCCUCUCUCCUACGGCUUCUUUCACUGCUCUCCUCUCUCCUACUGCUUCUUUCCCUGCUCUCCUCUCUCCUACCGCUCCUCUCCCUGCUUUCCUCUCUCCUACCGCUUCUUUCCCUGCUCUCCUCUCUCCUACCGCUCCUCUCCUUGCUCUCCUCUCUCCUACUGCUCCCCUCCUUGCUCUCCUCUCUCUGACCGCUCCUCUCCCUGCUCUCCUCCUCCUGCUCCUCUGUUUACUGUGUGUGUGGCUGCUUGAUAGUUUGUAAUGAUGCAACAUGUUGAAGACAUAACAAUCUCACUUAUACUUAAACAACUACUUUCCUGUUCACCCAAACUUAGUUGCACAUCAACCUGAGCUGUUAAUGAAGAAGUUAAACUAAGAGCUGUUUAAAGGAAGGGGGCCACGCCCAUACUCUGAUGUGAAGGAGAGCUCUAUUUAUCAUACAAGAAAUUCAUUGAUGAAUAAAUAAACGGAUGAGUAACUUUACUGUUUACUGAUAUAGUUGUACAUUGCCCAUUUCACAGUCCUCCUAUCUUCCUCUGAGCUUUGACAAAACCUGACUCUGCUUGGUUGAGGUUAAGGUGUAUAUAUUUAUGUAUAUAUUCCAUAUUUUCUUUUUUUCUUUCAGAACUCUCUGGGUAACAAAACCAGGAUAAGGGCUUAUCAGAGUGGGAAACUCAGUUUCAUGUAAACACACUCAUUAAUCAGCAGAUUUCAGCAUGAUUUUUGAAGAUAUUUGUAAACUCAGACAAGAUUUAUAGUCACAGUGACUUGUCAACCAGAAUAGAAAGAAAGCAUGGUGUAAAUGUUGUCAUUUCUUAAAAAAUAAAAAAAAUCUGGGGCCGGUGUUGUGCAUUGUAAAAAGUUUCAAGAUGUUUUAUGAGCUGCUUUUUUGUUGCUGUUGUUUAUUUCCACGGUUAAAGUUAGGAGCCAAUAUCUUUCUUCAUACUGCUCCAUAGAGGCCUCAGUGUUGAGAUGAUCUGAUCAGUGUGGCUUUGUUUGCUGUGUCCUCCUCCAUGGUGAUUAUCGGGUUUAGACAUGGACAUUUCACACACACAGCUCAUGGUUAGGUUUGAGGCUGUGCUUCAAAUGUCACAGAGGCAGCUCUGGCUGCCAUGUUUGGACAUAUGUCUGAAAUAAUGUGUCAUGAAGCCUUAUACAGAGGUCUGCUGGCACUUCAGUGGAUGGGGCAAAGAUUCUGGUGAAACUGUGGGAACUCUAAACUCUGAUAAACACACUGUGAUUGGUUGAGAGGAGACUGAAAGCUGAAUGGAUCUAGUGGGGGUUGAGUUUAAGUUUCAAUGGAAUAUUUUCUAUUGUGUGACAGCUCAGCGGCAUACCAGCAGAACUUCCCCUGGUCUCAUAGUAACAGCAGAAAGAUUCUGGAGUAGAACCAACAACUCUCAGCAGGACAGGCUGAAGCUGUAAGCUCCCAUUCAUCAUUGCAAAGACAAAAAAUACUAUGUUUAUAAAAGAAGAGAGCUUCUAUCUCCUCUAUCACGUUAGCAGACCUGUAAGAAACACAAAUACCAACAUUGUUCCAAGGUGGAAACACAAUGAGAGGGGUUUGAGAUCCACUUAGAUCACUUAGUCCACAUGAGGAGGUAGUCUCAAUGCCAAUAGUAUUUCUACUCUUUAUUUUGGUUUAAAACUUGCUUUCAUCUUGGCAUAAUUUCAGAGAUUAUUUAUUAGAGUGAUCUUAAUCUCUGUACCUCAUUUACGUUGAAUUUAUGUAACCACAUUACCCGGAUUUCGCAUGUCAUUUUGUUGUUAAGUUGGUAUUAAUUCUUUUCUGUAGUUUUAUGUUAUCUUAUCAAGUGUUGUGCUAGAUGUUGUCAGCUUGCUGUAAAACAAAUUGACCUGCAGGUACAAAUAAAGUAACCUGAACCUGAACCCUAUACCCUAAUAAGUACAUUGAUGUACAUGUUGUGGAAUCGACACAACAGCAAAGGCUAUGCUGGCAAUUUGAAAACACUUAGCCUUGGGUGCCAUGCAAAAUAAAGCCAAUAGAUAGAAGUAGAAGCCAAACUUCAUGAUGAUCAGAACGAACAUGCACGGAGAAAGUGUUUCUACUGCCAGCAAGAUUAAAAUCAGAGCUCAGAGAGCUUUUGGAACCCCAGAAAGUCUGGAGUUGGACAGGAGUCAUGCAAUGUUAUGACUACAACAUGAUUGACCUCUGUUUGCACAAGACGAGACCUGUCCGGAUCAGCUGCUUUCAACAUGAAGUAGACGUGCUACACGGACUGAUGAUAUUUCGAAGCUAAAUUUUCCUCAACUACUCAACUUAGAAGAUAACAUGUUAUACUUUGUAAAGAUUUGUGAGUGCACUCACUGGUUUAUUACACAAACUGUAGUGUGUUAGUGAUAUGUAGCUGUAAAUCAAAAACACCCUGUUCAUAUCUAUGUUAUUAUCCUUUUAUUAUUGUGUUUGAGAACAACAACCAUGCAUAAGCGUCCUUCUCUCCUCGAGAAACGGGGAGAAAUAUUUCUCCACUCAUUCACAAAAGAUGCUCUUGAACCAAACCGUUCUGGGGACUUUUUGAAAGAGAAUUAUCCACUGGAGGGUCCCCAAGAACUUAACACCAUGAGGACUUUAAUUUGGUCUGCAUUUGCACAGCCAUGGUGAUAUGAACCUGAAAGUGACAUGAGCAGACAGUUAUCAGAGCAACAAUACUAACACAACACAACUGAAAAUGAAGGCUAAAGGACUGGGUGUGUUUGAUGUGUGUACCAGGGAGAUGAAUAUAACUGAGUUUGAAAGGAGACGUGCAGAUUAAGAUGUCUUUGACCUGUAUUGCAUUUAGCCUAUUUGAGCUAGUCUGUCUUUAUGUGGCCUCUGCAAAUAAGGAGGAGGACGAGAGUGAGAGGUGGACACAAACAAAAAUCAUGCAUUUCAGGUCUUUCAAAACCUCUCUACAUUUGCCUUGCAUGCCUUGUAUAAGCCUGUUUUAUUUACAUCAAUAUAAUCUUUAUGAUUCUUUAUGCUGUAUGCAAGUACAUACAAUAUUUAAAGUUCUCUAAGUAUCUGCUCUAAUGGAAUGUGAUGUUACAUGAAGUUAAACUUAGAAGCUGAAGCUGGCCACAUGUUGCAGGCAAUACAGUGACCUAUAUAGGCUGACACUCUUUAAGUUCAACUUUCUCCUGAAUAGUCUUUGUAUUUAACCUUCAAAUGAUUCCAAAGUCUGUCUGGAGGUGUUUCAUCAGGAGAAGGAACAUCUCUUAUUUCCUGUAUUGAAAUGCUUUUUAUCCCUCCUCUACAUUAGGGGCAAACCAUAGACUGUCUAUAGAAUGGACGCCGUCUGCCUCCUCGCUGGGUGAAGCCACUCCGAGAACAGCACCCUCUGUUGACGGGCUGCAGUAUAGGUCAUAAAUCCCGCCUCAGCCAGCAAAGCUUAUGGGGCUGUGGACAAACUUUAGAAAUUUAUAACACAGAAUAUAAAUGUUUCUCCCACUUGCUUGUGAUGUUGACAUGUAGUUACAGUCGGACUGGUUUGUGCUCAAGUCCUCUUUUUUCUGUGAAGCUCCGUUUUUAAAAGUAAUUAGGGUGUUCAUGUUUUCUAUGAUUGACACUUGAUACAGCCUAUGGGCGUUCAGGGAUUGCGUAGCUCACCUGGGGGAUACGCUGUUAGAGCCGAGUGUCAUCACAGCGACUCUCGGUGAAUCUCCCGCCGAAUUCGCACAACGGAUUUGGUUUCAAAUCCGUAUACAGGCGAGAGGCGGAACCAAGUUGUCCACAGUAUAUACAGUCAAUGGGGCAAACCAAUUAUCGGCCUUGACUGAUUAUUGGGGCCAAAACCUGCAUUUUACCGAUUAUCUGUUUGUGCCUUUUAUUUUAUGGAUGGAUGAUCAAACUACGUCCUUAAAAAGUAUGCAACUUGGGGCUCAGAUGGCCUGUUGAUCUAAGUGCCCCACAUAGAGGCUAUAGUCCUCACCCAAGUGGUAGCCGUAAGGUUUUUACUGGCUCUCAACCCCCCACAUUGCCUGAUUCUCUUCAGCUGUUAUAUUUAGUUCAUGCCAAAUGUCCCAAAUUAUAAUAACUUAAAACUGUUAGUUACUGUGAGCUGUUAAUGUCAAUAAUCAUAAAACCAAGCCAGACUUUAGACCACUUCUGUUUAAUCUUUUUGUCAUGACUCCUGGACUCCUAUGUGCUCCGGUGGAAGCUUCUUCUGGGGCAUUAAAGGCAAGCAGAACAAAGGCAUCGAUAAGGGAACAGACUAUGUCGAUGGCUCAGACUAGUAGGAGCAAUCACUUGUAGUGGAUGCAAAUUGACGAUGCGCGAUUGCCCGAUCAAACUGUGUUUUGGCUUGUUUCAUGGCUGCUCUGCUCUCCCUCAACCCCUGGACCAAUUUCAGAAACCAUGAGUCAAGCACACACAAACAUGGGAAUAACGGGCCCAGGUUGAAAAACAACAAAGUUCCCCUUUAACACAAGAUAAAUAUACAGUUGAACUGUGGAAGUCAAGGUCAUGCAGUCUGUCUACUUGGAAUCUAAUGUAGUGCUUCUUUGAUUAUUGAUGAAUGUAAAUUAAUGCAGUUUAUGGAUCACAAAGCCUGUAAUUAUUUGUGUUUUCUCAUAUAAAAUCCCAGCAAAGCUCUGUAUGUACCUGCACACAGAGAGAAUUUAAUGUUCAUUUGUCAUCAACCUUUCGGGAAAAUUCCCAGAGAUUUAUGAAAUAUAAACAUUGAUAAAUAAAGAUUUGACUUCCUGUAGUGAUGGGCACAGCAGUUCUUUUAGAUGUACUGAAUCACUAGAAUCAGUUCACUAAAAAGAUUGGUUCAAAAGAUUCGUUCACCAAAUCACCGACUCAUUCAGCACUUUGCGAGAGGAGCCUGCGACUCUGACUUCCUAUGAAUCUGAAUGGUUCAGGGUUCAGUUCAGAUUCAUAGCCUCUGGGACUGGGAGAUGAGAGUGUUGUGGCUGUGUUGCUUUGACAAACAGGUUUGUGAAAAUGAACUUGUCUAUAAAUCAUGAUGUUUUAAGUGUCCAAAGGUAUGCUAUUUAUCUGGUCUACUCAGUAAAUUGGGCUCAGUGAGUGAUUUGUUCGCUGAACAUUUACCCCACAGUACAUUCAGUGAAGAAUGAAACUGUGGGUUUUAUACACUACCUGUUACAUGCUGUAUCCUACUGUAUGCAAGUUGUUGUGGCGGCAAUUUAACAGAGUUUUUAAAAAAAAGUUAGUUUUCUCUGAGAUACACUUGAACACGACACACCUCCUAUCUCCCUCUGUCACUCUUGUGAAGAGCUUGCUACAGCUGGUGAGUCUCACUCUCUUCUCAUUACUACCAGCCUAAUGUUUUAAGUUUGUUUAAUUGGGGACUAAAACUGUUAAAACAAAGGGGAACAACAGUCGACAUGAAAGUGCAUCCCUCAGACAAAAAUGAUUCCAAAGAGUGUAGUUCACUGCGUGAUUCGUUCACCAAGUGAUUCAGGCGUCAGUGUAUGGGGUCCCUUGCUCGCUGGCUGUGUGCUAUGGUAGCUGUGCUUCUGACAGCUCAACUGAAGUGAGAAACUACGAAUCACUUGAGGAAGUGAUUUGGUUCAGUAUGUUCACUUAAAAGAUUUGGUUCUUUUGAACGAAUCAUUCGCAAACAACACAACACUAACUUACUGCAGUUUUUCAAGUUGGCUUCACCUGAAGGUUGAUGACAUCUGAAUCUCAGUGGAUCAUGUAAGCACUGCAGAGAGGACAGGAGCACAGAACAGGUUCAAAUAGCUUGGAUAAAGUAAAGAAGGUGAAAUGAUACAACUCUGCAGAUCUACAGUGACUAAGAUAUUUUUGACAAAAUGAAGAUACACAGUCACUCUGUGAAACUCUGACUUGUGAUUAUUCACAGACGCAUGACGUGUUGACAGCAGACUGAGGGAGCAGUGUGUAGGAACAAUGAGAGAAUAACACUCUUCAGACUGGGACCUGGACUAAAUGCUCACAUCUUCAGCCUGUGUGUGUGUGUGUGUGUGUGUGUGUCUGUGUGUGUAUCUGUGUGUGUGUGCGUGUCCUCCCCACUAUUUGUAGAUAUCCUCUCUUUCAGUAAAAUCUUUACAGUCACAUGUAUUUUCUUUUACUUCAAAAAAUGCCAACCCUAAAAGUAGGGAUGUCCAGAUCCAAUAUUGAUAUCGGAUAUUGGUCCGAUAUCAGCAAAAAAAUCAAUAUCGGAUUCUAUCGGCCUGCAUCAAAAACCUCUGAUCAGCACUUGGAUACAAGCAGUCCAUUCCCGACUCAGCUCCAGGACUUGAAUCUAACAGCGCCCUGAUCCAGCAUGCAGAGCCCAUGUAAUCACAACAACAGUGUGUACUAAGAUACUAACAAAGUAGCCAGGAGUAGAAGUGAUGUUGGCUGUGGGGCAGCAGAGUGCAAAACUUGUCAUGCACAAGUUUGUGCCAAUAUCGGAUCAAUAUCGGUAUUAGCCAAUAUUGAAGGCUACAAUAUUGGAAUCAUAUCAGAAAUAAAAAAGUUGUAUUGUGACACCCCUACCUAGAAGUGUGGACAGCCAGAUCACUUGUAUUGACCGCUGAUUCUGAUCUGAAUUUUUGAUAAUUGACUGCCAAUACUGCGUCCCAAUCCAAUACUUGUAAUCUGUUUAACAUGCUCUGCUGUAUGAGUCCAGCAAAACUUCUGUGCAUGUUGUACUGCUCGCUUAAACUCAAAGCAAUGCUGAAGUAAUGAUGCCAUGAUGAUGCCAGAUUCAUAAUGGAUCCGACCAAAAAUGUAUGUUUGGAACAUCAGCUCAUCUUCUUUACCUUGUUUUUUUUUAGAAAUUUUCAGUGAGAAGUGAAACGCGACAACCAACAGAUUGACUGUUAAACUGCUGUCAAAUAUCACUUUUGACAUAUAUCAGCCAUGUGUUGGAAUCUGUGACAUGGCUCACUGUGUUUCUUCUGUCAUCAAUUCAUUACAAAUCUAUCUAAAACAUGUUACAAGCUAAGCUAACAUGUAUAUUAGAUUUAAUGAAAUUCUACAGGAUUUUCCUUUUUCUGUUUUAACCCCCAGUAUUAACCCUCUAUUUGUUAAUUAUCAUUAUAACUUUAGAUGGCUGGAUGGAACUCAAAAAGUCCCUUGUGGUGAUAUUUUUCUGAGCCAAACAUUGUCUCCUUUGAAUUCAAUUGAUAAAAUGUUCACUAAAGUUUUGCAAUUUUUAAGUACUGAUUAAUUCUCCAGGAAAAACAACAACAAUGUGGUAUAGGCGUUAGGGCCCAACAGAUAUGGAUUUUUUUGGGCCGAUACCGAUUAUUGGAGGGGCAGAUCCGAUUACUGAUUUUUAAAUUUUUUUUACAAAGUUCAAAAGUUCUAAAUAUAAAUAUAUAUUUUUGUGUACUGUAGAUAUACUGUAGGCUACUGUUCUUCACACCGACGGGAAGACCCCCCCCCCCGGUCUGGUCUGAUUUGGUGAGCACAGUGUGGGCAUCUCUCAUGCCAGAAAGGCAAAAAGCAGAAGCAUGUGGCUGAUGCUGAAACAACAGUGCCUCAGAGGGUUGGACUGUGGCUGAAGUUAAGGUCCAACAUCAAGGUGGACACAGAACAUGGCAGUCAGAAUCAGCUCAUUAUUGUGAGCCAAUAAGACUUGCUUGUUGAUUUGGAGUCUCCCGUGCACCACGUCCACCAGCAGUGCCAGAUAAGAAGGAGUAAUUUCUCAUGUGCAGGAUGAAAUCAGCAGGGAUCACUUUGUCAGUGGGGGGCGCCAAAGUCCACCCUACUUACAAGUUCCUCAUUGGAGCUUUAAAUGCAGUUUGGUAAACCCAGAAAACUUUAUUGCAUUAAGUACUUUUGUGUUUGUGUCUGCAUUCAUUGUGCUUAGUGACAGCUGAUGCAAAUGACUAGGAGAAAUGAUUAUCUAAAUUUGCUUAUCCAAUCUCCAUGUGGUCAUAUACACACUGUUCUUUUGAGUGCCCCCUACAGGCCUAGUAGUAGCCUGAAUGUGUAUUUUUUUCUGUUUUGCAGUUGUUUCUGGUUCUGCAUGCUUUGAGUCUGCAUCAGUGUAGUUGCUGUGUUAACUGUUUUUUUCACAAUUUUUAGGAUUUUAUUUCAUUCGUUGCUUGGUCCUUGUGUUGCGUUUGUGUUGAAGUUUGCAUGCAUUUAUGAGUUUGCAGCACAGUUUCCUGGUUGAGAUCACUAAGGCCAUUGCAGAUUAGCUGCACUUGUGAGCCCCUAUAGUUUUCACACUGAUAAUAGACAAUGAGUUACAAAAAAAAGUCUCUCCAUGUUAAGCUGUUUAAUAUUUUGAUUUAAUGUUACUUAUAAUUAAUAACAGUCUGAUCCCAGCUCAAUGUGUUUAACUGUUUGUGGUGACAAACACUGUUCCUCUUCUCCUCCUCCUCAUCCUCAUCAUCAUCAUCAUCCUGCUGCUCUAAAGCCCAUGCAGCUAUAGUUUAGAUCCUGAACUCAUUAACCCUCAAUGUGCUGCAGCCUAUGGACAUUCCUACACACACACACACACACACACACACACACACACACACACACACACACACACACACACACACACACACACACACACACACACUCAGCUGAUGUAAUGGGUGCUCCUCUCCUGUAAUGUGAUCAUAGCUCCUCCUUUUCUCCGUCUGCUGAGUUAUGCUCAGGGCUGCUACACACACACACUCACACACACACACACACACACACACACACACACACACACACACACACACGUAUGCAUGUGCACACACACACUCUUACACACACUGUCUACAUCUUGCCUGUUUUCUCUCACACACUUAUAUUUUAACAUUCUUAUCCUCUCUCUCUGAUUUUACUCUCUUUUUUCUACACAAAUGCACACACACCGGCAUAAACACACACACUCUCUCCUCUCUCUUGGUAUUUUGACCAAUCAGAUCGACCGUAGCUCUGGCCUGGUUUAGAAGGUCCGCCCCCUGCAGUCCUGAGCCUGCAGCAGCUCAGGCUAUUUCUGUCCACAUUCACUGUCUAUUUACACACACACGCACGCACGCACACACACACACACACACACACGCACACAGUUGUUAGUGGAUCCUUAAGCAGACUUUACAUGCGAGACUCUAAUUGAAAAUCUUUACCGAGGUGAAGGGAUCAAUUCAGCAUCACAAAUCCUGAUCUUUAAACACUUUUGUGUAUUUAAACUUUGAAUAUUCUCACACCUUUACUGCAGAGUUGAUUGUCUGAAGAUAUUUAGACCUGACAGAAAAAAUCCUCCUGUUACAUUACAACAAGUUAUCAAUACUGAGAGAGGACAACACAUGUGAUGUAGGAAUAGGCUGAAUGAGCAGUCAGCUUUAUACAACGGCUAUUGGCCAACCUGCUCUCUUACAAUCAGUAUCCCCAUUGGCCGCUAAAAAAUGCUAAUUGGUCAACCACUAAUUUGAAGACAUUAUGGAGUGAAUAAUGGGGUAAUAUGAGAAGUUUAUCUAUCAGGAGAGCUGAAACAGAAAUAAAUCAAAAGAAAAAGGCUGGGAGUGAACUGACUGGACUGUAAAAACAGUGAGCGAUAAGACUGAUUAGCCAAUGGUGCCCCAGCUUGCUUCUUCCUUUUUGGUGUAUUUGUAGUGUCAGGGUGGGGAGGAAAAUGAUUCGUUGAUGAACCAGGAAACAUGACCAACCUUUGUGGACAUCCUACCUCUGAUCUCGUGCUAAGUGGUAUGCCAAAAUAAUUAGAUUGCUGUGUUUUUAAGAUUGCGGCAGUGUCACAUUUUCUUUUUUUACUGUGUGUAUUCGGGUACUAAGGUCUUACACCGGGGUGUUGUAGUUUCCCGGAAAGGUACACCAUCAAGCAUGACGCUGACGGUAUACCGCUGUGCUCGGUAUAUUGCCCAAGAAAAUGUUAAAAUUAGAGGAAUUUGUAGAAAACACAUGAGGGAGCUUCAUAAUUUCCUUAACUCAGUUGAUAACAGUGUAGGAUACACUCUCGGAAUCAGAGCUUUGUGUAGAAAUGAGGGCAGUCACCAAACUGUACAAAAGAGACUGGGAUUUAACUUUGACUAUAUCUUUUAUCCAGUCAUGCAAAGUUUUCUCUGCAAUAACACUACACUGCAAUAACACCGAUUUCAGCAUUUGAAGAUCUGAAAGUUUUUUAAUGUUAGAAUUCGACCCUCCAAAAAUAGUGGUCUAGUAAUCUAAUCUAGGCCUGAGUCUAAAUUUUGGUAACAUAACAGCAGUAUUCCCUAAAGCUGUCAAAGGUCAAAGCAGAGUGCAGUAGCAGAUAAAUUACUGUAUCACCCAGGAUCAUCAGAGGACCACGAUGACAAAACAAUGUGAUACAGUCUUGAAAUUAUUCUGUAAAGAUUUAAAUGUUUAUCGGCAUAAACGUGAGGGCAGCCUGCUGUCAGUUUCUCUGAACUAACUGGUUUCACAUUCAGAAGAGAUGUAGGUCACAGACAAUUCUCCUAAAUCUAAAAUCUGUCCAUCUUUAAUAAAUAAAAUACAAACUGAAACAGGACUCCGAGUUCAUGUUCAUGUCCAGCUGGCGACCUCUGGCUUUACAGAUUACUGCUGGACACACACACACACACACACACACACACACACACAGAGUAACACCUUGUGCCCUUAUAGUACAUACAUGUGCAGCAUCAGUCUUUGGAUUAGGGCAGAGUCUGGAUGGACCAAUCAGCUGUCAGUGUGACUCGACAGAUGUGGAGAGUAAAGCCUUCUCUGCUUCAUCUGCCGGUGAUGCUCUUCUGACAUCAUUCAUAAAUGUUUUCACAUUAUUUUACCCACAUUAUUUAAAAUGUGUCCUUGGCAUCAAAUUUAAAAAGAGCAUGUAGUUUUCAUGAAAGAUUUUUUUUUUUUCAGUUUUAACUUUUGUUAUGUAGGCUUUGCGCCAUAUUUUAGAUUAGAUUAGACCAGACUUAAUAAAACUUUUGAUCCUUUUGGGGAACUUCCCUCAAGGAAAUUAAAAAAUAUAGGCUUUAAAUGAUUUUGGGACUUCAUCAGUCUUAUUGACAGUUCUCACAGCACCUUAACCUUUUUGUAAGUGGGUUGUACUGCUUUGACAUGUAUAGGACAAGUUCAGUAAAGAGAAACUUUGUGCAUCUUUGCACACAGGGGGCGCAAACAAACAUUUACAGGGAGUUCCUGUUAGCAGCUUCAGAGUUUGCAGUUAACCAGGCUGUUGAUACUGUGCUGUUAAAUCCCCCCUCUCAUCAAGACAGUGUGAUCACAAAAUCAAACAAUUAAACUCCAGAUUGAGUCAAGAACACUAAGAAAUACAUUAAAUAAAUGGUAGUAAACAGAUUAGUCCCCCUCCCCAGCAGUCUGACCUCUAAACAUUCGGACUACUGACUUCAUACACCCUCACAGAAACUUGGUAGCUUUUAGCUUGCUUGGCUUUAAACUGAAUAAAUAUGUGAUGUAAUGAUAUCAAAACAUUUCAUAAAGUCUGUGUAUAUAGGUAAACAAAUAUAGUCUUCUUAUGUUUAAAACUUUAAGCUGUUAUUCCGCUUUGACAAAUUCUUGUGUUAAUGUUUGGAGAUUAGAAACUUCCUAUCUAAACUUCCAUGCUGCCUGCUGCAGCAUGGAGUGUGUGUGAGUGUCUUUUGGGGGGAUGCAGAUGAGGGGGUCUCAUGGGAAAAAAGGGGGACCCUCCUCCACCAGUUUCAGCUUCUUUCAUUCUUUUCAGCAGUUUAACCCCUGCAGCUCAUCCUGGUUCAACAAGUCUGAACCAGCCUGACACUGAGCUCCUCUUUCACAUGUUAAUGUGCCUGAACUCUGUCUGCUCUGUAUACACACUCAGAGACACACACUCUGAGCAACACACCCAGAGACAACACACUCACAAAUAAGACACUCUCAGCAACGCACUCAGAGACAAUGCAUCAACACACUCAAAGCAAAGACACAAACAAGAAAACACCCACAGACAACACACUCUGAGACAAGACAUGAACAGAAAACACUCUGACAACACACUUGCUGUUUUCACUUGUGGACUCUGCAAAAUUUCUACAAAAUUCCAGGAGUUUUGACUCCAAAACUAACUCUAGUGUUUACACAUACUCCCCUGAGCACAAAACUUUCCCUGCUAGACAAGGUUUCAUGGAGGGGAUCUCAGGGCGCUGAUCAUGGCGUCUAAUACAAGUCAUGCGGUCAUUAUUAAUUACUGCGUUUUUUUUAGGGAAAAAAGUGAUCUGAGAUUUUAAAGAGAUUCUUCUGCUAAAAUGCAUGUGAUGAACAAUGAGGCUGAAUACUGUAUUAUUGCUGUUGUAUAGCUGUAUCUAGGGCUGGACAAAGCGUGAAAAAGUUUAUCACGAUAAAUUUUUUUCAUAUCAAUCCAUAUCGAUAUAUAUCACAAUUAGGCCUGGGCGAUUUGGCCCAAACCACCGCAACACAACCGACGUUGAACAGCCUUUCAACAAUAGCAUCUUUAGAGGAUAACUCAAAGUCGCGGCUGACAUCUAUUUUGCUGCCCUCAGCUCCGCUUUUAGCUCCACGUUCAGUCAUUCUGUGUACUUCUCCGGCAACUUACAGAAAUGAGCAGGAAAAGCUCGACUCUGAUUGGCUGUUGUGACGCACAUUUCCGCUAUGUUUGAUCGAGUAAAUAUGCUCACAGCUGAUCACCGUGUUCAAACUGAAAUUUAUCACGACCAUCGAUCACGAUUAUAUAAUAAUCGCCCGGUCCUAAUCACGAUAUUAAAAGAUGAAAUUUAACAGUGCUUAUUGGUGGCAUGUCUUUUGCAAUACAAUAAGCUACUGUCUCUGUGAGGUCUUUGUGUCUCUUCGACGUAAGGCUUCGCUUUAGAGAAAACAGAAUAGUCAAGCUGUUUCGGCUGCACAGGCGCCAUGGGCUCUUUGCUUUGCCCAGGGUUUGUAACCUUUUGCACUGCACGUGCUUUGAGGUAUUCCCCGACUUUGCGAGAAUGUGUAGUCGACAUACUUUGCAGCGCACAUUACUCUGCUUCAUGUCUUCCCUCAAAAAAACAAAAUACCUCCACACCACCAACAUUUUUGUGCAAGUUUUGUCGACAAGGUUGUUAUCUGUUGAGCCUUCAUCUGCAUUUCUGUGGGGAGUCCCACUCAUUUUCUUUUUUUCUCACCGACAGUGCUGUCGUCUUCACUUGUUACAGUGCUAUGGUUGCGUGUAGCUGCAGCCUGAUACUACACAGUUGUUUGCUACUUGGUUCUAAUUCAGGUCAUGAUUGGUUCAGCCCAAAGCGAACCCGGAGAAACUCCCCUUCUCAGUGGCUAUUCGUAUAGCCUACCAAAACAUGGCAGAAUGCCAACUAUCAAAAAGCAUAUUGACCAUGUUUUUAUUGAUAUUGAGGGAAAUAAUUUUUUGAUAUAUAUAUAUAUAUAUAUAUAUAUAUAUACUGUAUAUAUAUAUAUAUAUAUAUAACUUUAUGAUGGUUGUAGUAUGACAGUAGUAUUACUGUGGCCAGGCUGUAGUAUUACUGUCCUAUAGCUGUGGUAAUUGUAGUAAAUGUAGUAUACCUGUGGCAUGUCUGCACUAUGGCUGGUUGUAGUGUGGCUGUAGUUUAGCUUAAGAAUGGCUGUAAUGCGACUGUAGUAUACCUGUAGUUUGGACCAAGUAUUGCUGUAGAAAAGGCAUAGUAUAGCUGUAGCAUGGCUGUAGUAUGGCUGUAUUAAAGCUGUAGCAUGGCUAUAGUAUGGCUGCAUAUCGCAAGUAAGUCAAGAUUUUUUGGUAUAGCACAUGUCACAGAACAGAGUCAUGAAGCACCUCACAAAAUAGCAAUAAUAAGAACAGCAGCAAUACAGAGAAGAAUAAAUAAACAAAAAGACAAUGUUAACAGAAUCCAUGACUUAAAGGUUCUGCUAGUGAGGUGAGGAUGGAGCUGCUCAGAAAUAUUCACUGGAGCUUGAUUGUGGCUGGCUUUAUAAGUUAACCAAAGGAUCUUGAAAUUAAUUUGUAAUUUGAUUGGCAGCCAAUGCAAAGAAAAUAAAAUAGGGGUAAUGUGGGUUGUCCUGCUGCAUCUGGUUAACUUUAGCUGUAAUGUGGCUGUAUGAUAGCUGUAGCAUAGCUGUAAUGUAGCUUCAGAAAGGCUGUUGCAUGGCUAUAGAUUGGUUUUAAUAUUGUAGUAGUUUUACUGUGGUUCAACCGUAAAACUACAGUGAUACAAAAGCCAUACCACAGCUAUACUACUGCUAUACUACAGCUAUAAACAUCCAUACUACAGUCAAACUACAGUCAUAAAACAGACAAACAAUUGUCUUACUAAAAUCACAUUGCAGCCAUACUAUAUACAGUCUAAUGUGGUUCAAUAUUAGUUUUAAGUUAGUGUGGCUGUAUCAUUACUAUAGUAAGACUGUUGUUAAACUGUUGCAUGGUUGUAGUGUGACUGUAGUUGAUUAUAAUAGGACUGUAGCAUGGCUCACGAGCAGCUUUAGUGCAAUUUAAAGUCACUCAAAAGGGGUUAGGUGAAAUAGACCUAAAAUUAAAUCUGGUUAUUCUAAAGCAUUGUUUGAUGACUUUUAUGACUUUAUAGAAAAAAGUACCAAACAUCUUAUGACACUCUCUGGGCAGCAGAAUUUUGUGUGCAAACAACAUUUAGAUCAUUUUCAGUCAAGCUACUGUCAUUCUUCCUGAUUCAAAGUAGGAGUCUAAUGUCACCAUGUGGCCAGAGCAGCAUUACAGUGAAACGUUUCCCACACAUAGAAAAUACGUUGGCAGGCUGCUCAAGCAAACUUGAAGCUUGUGGUCACUGACACAUGGUUUACUGCAGGUGAUGUGAGAGAAAGGUAUACCCUGGUAGGUCCCUCCUUGACAUGGGCUGAAGGGAGAUGUUCUAUGUUGAAUUUGAAGCUCAAAAAUUAUCUGCAGUUAAUUGCAGCAAUCUGCACUGACAUUCUGCAUUGUCUGAGUUUCGACUGUAACUAUGGCAGGCCUCGUCCAUGCUUGGAUCACCUGUUGAGACAAUAAAGUAAGUUGAAAGAUUUCCAAACAAAGGUUGCAUUUUUGUGGUUCUCCUUAUGGUUCUGACUGUAUUUUUCUUUUUGAUUGUAUAAGAAAAAAGACACAAUGAGACACAAAAUAGUACAUGUCACUGUGUUGAUGUGCAUGCCUAGGUGUGGAUAGUAAGAGGAUAGUAGCAAGUCUUUGAAAAGAUUGAAAAGGAACAUUGUCAUUGCAUUGUAUAUAUCAUUGAUAUUAUUGUAUGACACGUUUUUUAUCAGGUAAAGAUUCAUACUAGUAUUAUCAUGGACACUAUGAUGAUGGCACAGCCUGAGCACACAGGAUCAUAAAAACACAGGGAGGAAAAAGAUUCAAAUACCUGAUCAUAAAAAUGUAACUGCAUCGCUUUAUUUAUAUAACAGACGGUUCAGAGUGUGUGUGUGUGUGUGUGUGUGUGUGUGUGUGUGUGUGUGUGUCCUACAUCCAGCCUCAGUGUCUAACUGGGUCACACCAGAACCCAGCUGCAGUACUGCAACACCGGCUCAGAGAGCAUGUGCAGACACAUACACACAGAGAGACUCACACGCACACACUGCACAAUCUUAAGACUUUGCAGAGAGCGAAAGAGAGAGAGUGUAUUUAUUUAUUUAUUUAUUUAUAUACAUAUGUGUGUGUGUGUGUGUGAGAGAGAGAGAGAGAGAGAUACCAACAAAGAGCAACUGGGGAUGCGUUGUCAUGGUGACCCUUUCGGCAGCCCGCCCACCAGCCUCUGUGUGUGUGUGUGUGUGUGGUGUGUGCGUUUCUCAGUGAGGGAGGGAGGAGAAACCUCGGCUGCAGUGUGAGGCGGUGUGUGAUUGGUCACACCCCCUUGUCUUUGUGUGGCGCAGGGGAUUGUGGGUAGCCCCUGACUGAAUGCUCAUUUGUGUGUGAGUGGUAAAAGAAGGAGGGGAUGAGAAUACGUGUGUGUGUGAGCGCGUGAGAACAGAAGAGGACGACGCUUGUGUGUGUGUUAGGAGGGGGAGGAGCUGAGUGUGUGUGUGCGUGAAAGAGGGGAGGAUGAGCCAGUGUGUAUGUGUGUGAGAGAGAGAGUGUGUGAAAGCUGCGCUGCCAUCAGGAGCUGAACUGGAUUUAUACUGGACCCAUUUCUACUGAACUAGGACCAAGACCAGCUGAGGUACCUGAGUGUGUAUGUGUGUGGGACACUGUGUGUGCGUGGGGUGUGUGUAUGUGAGCGUGUGGGUCUGUCUCACUCUCAUGUCAGUCAUUAGCUAGCCUGUUAGCAGCUGCUGCAGCUGCUAGUUAGCAUUAGCAGCGUAGCGUCCCAGCUCCUCAGACAGAGAGAGAGAGAGAGAGAGAGAGAGAGACGCAGACAUGCUGCAGGAGAGAGAGAUAAUGGAGGGCAAUAUGAAGAGAGAGAAAUGGAGAGAUGGAGGAGGAGAGGAGUGGAGGGUGAGAGAGCGGGUGAGGGUGGGAGGGAGGAGGGAGUGCAUGACAAAAGGAGGGGGUGUGGUUUAGAGGUUUGGACAAAGGAGGCUGGCUGAUUGUUUACUACCACUGCAGUGAGAGAGACAUGGGCGAUCAAUGCUCCUCUAUCACUCUCUCUCUUUUUUCCUUUCCUCACCCUCUGCUUCACAUAGCUGCUCUCCUCCUCACUUUUCCUCACCCUCUGCAUGUCUGUUACAUUGCCUUACACAUCACCCUCUCUCUCCCCUCUCUCUCUCUAUCUGACAGUGUAGUAGUAAUGGAGCGAGCAGAGCUAGGGUAAGCUAACAGCUGCUGCUGCUACAAAAUGGCUCUUCUUCUCCUCCAUCAGUCACGUUAUCCCCCCCCACACACACACACACAUACUCACGCAUACUCUUUGACAGCAGACACAGUCAAAUCAAACAGCUGAUGUUUUCACUCCGUACUGAUCAGAUGUAGUAAUGAUGACGUACCCUGCUCUGUCCUGGAGUGUGUAAGCUAGCUGUUAGCUGUUAGCUGCUGUGUGACUGUCAGGUGCAGGGAGAGCAUCAGUUGUAGUAGUAGUAGUAGUAGUAGGAGUAGACAUGUAACAGUGGUAGAAGUGUAAACUGUUGUAGCGCUGGAAGCCAAUGAAAACGGGGCAGAGAUGUAGUGCGAUAGCCGCAUUUGUCAUCAUAGAGAAGCAGCAGUACAAGAAGCAGCCAAUUAAUUGUAGUUGUGGUAGAGGUAUAGGUAACACAAGAGCAGUAGUAUGUGGUUCAAAACAUUACAACUCACAGUACAAAGGCUGUAUUUGCAGGGGGCAUUAUAACUAUCGAUGAAGAUACCAAUUGAUGACCUUUUGUAAGUCCCAGAAGGGUGAGCAGAAGUCGGGGUCCUGUUCAUCCUGAAAGGCAUAACCACAUGCUUGCUAUACAUUACCCCGCUCAUUAUCCAACCAUAUAUUAAAGAUAUGAAUAAUCUGACACAAACACUAAUCUAAAGAGGAUUUUAUUGAUUUAACAAUGAUCUCUGCAGCUCAAGUAGUUCCUCUGAUUCCUUGCUUAGUAAUGCUUUCAUGGCAAAGGAUUCUUAUUAGCCUCCUUACAGGACAGGAGACUUCAUAAACAAAUCAUUCAACAAUUUCAAAGCUGUCCUCAAAUGUCCAAGAGUGGGUGGAUUUCAUCGUCUAUAGUACAUAAUGUCUUUAAUAGAUUCAGAGAAUCUGGAGAAAUCUCUGUACAAAAGGGAGAAGGAUCAAAACCAACACUGGAUGGACCUGAUCUUCAGACCCCUUAAGCAGCACUGCAUCGAACACAGACAUGAAGCUGAAGUGGAAAUCACUUUAUUGGCUCAGAAUCACAUAGAUCAAUGUCUGUGUUCAUCACUGUAUCUACAAGUGAAGGUUAAAAAUGAACCAUGCAAAAAGGAAACCAGAUAUGAACAUGAUCCAGAAACACCAGAGACUUCUCUGGACCUGAGCCCAUUUAAGAUGACUGGGGGGCCGUGGAAAACUGUCUUGUUUGAUGAACAAGACAGUUUGAUGAAUCAAAAGUUUACAUUCUUUUUGAAAAUCAUGGACACUGCUUCCUCCUCUCUUAAGAGUAAAGGGACCACUCGGCUCGUUGUCAGACCCUGAUGGCAUGAGGAUCAUCUAUGGCAUGAGUGGUUUACACGUCUGGGAAGGCUCAAUAAAUGCUGAACAAUGUGUACAGUUCUUCUACCCUUGGCUACAAAGAGCAGAGGGACCUUCUGUCUGGUUCCAAGUGCACAUUUAAGAUGGACAGAGGGGAAGUGGAACACUGUCCUGUGAACUGAUGAAUUAAAUCUGACAUUCUUUUUGGAAACCAUGGACACAGAUUUAAGGAGGAGAGGGACCAACAGGCUUGUUAUCAGCAGACAGGUUUUGGAACAACAUAUGCUACCACCCAGACACAACACUUUUUUCAGGGAAUUGAAUAUUGUAUAUUGUAGCAGGACAAUACCAAACCACAUUCUGCAUUUAUUACUACUGCAUGGCUCUGUAGUAGGAGAGUCCAGCUGCUUAACUAGCUGCCUGCAGUCCUAACCCAUGAGAACAUUUGAAGCAUUAUGAAACCAAAAAUAUGACAGAGGAGACCCUGAACUGUUGAGCAGCUCAAGUUUUAUCAGGCAAGAACGUGACUAUGUUUCACUCUCAAAACUCCAGAAAUGGGUCUGCUGGGCUAAAUGUUGGUAAAAGAAGAGCUGAUGACAUUCAAUGGGAAACCCUAAACAGCGUUUUUGAAAUGGAUGGCUGCCUUUAAACUUUACAUGAGCUAAUAAGAAGAACUUUAUUAAUAUUCCUCAUAAAGAAAGGCAGUGUUUUGGUUUCAGCAUUUUAAAUGUUGUCUUUGCACCAGUUUUAAUUAAUUAUAGACUUUGAUGAUUUGCAAACUGUCAAAAACCGACUCUGAUUAAAAAUUCAAGGUCUCCCAACUUUUUCAGAGUUUGAGUUGUAGAUGGAAUACGAUAUCAUUCUCAUCAUACUCUCAGUGUUAUUCAGCUCAGCCUUGGAAAAUAUAAAUCAUUCAUCAGCAGACACACCUAUAACACCUGCGCAGGUGGGUAUUAUUCAUCUUCAAUAGUCAGAACAGGCUUUCAGUCCUGUGUACACAGUAGCAGCAGUCCCCGUUCUUCUGUUGACAACCCUUUAUUCAGGAGCUGGUUAUUAGCUGAUAUCCAGUCUGAGAAUUAGCCUUUGAGUUCUCACUCAAAUGUGCCCCUGACACCAGAUGCUGAUGUUAGCAGAGAAAAUGUAAACCGAGAGCUUUACCUGAGGGCAGCAACAUUUAAAAACAAUCAAUGGAAGUUAAGUCUGAAAGAACUUAAGUCUAAUUUUCCACAUUUAUAACCUCCCUCAAACUCUGACCCGUCUCCCCCCAAUUGGACCCUUUUCUGUGCAGGAAUCAUCACCUGCAAACUGGAGGGUUAUUUAAGAUAACUUUGCAGGUUGCUCAAGUGAAAUGAGAGGUUGAGUCAGUCUGGAAGAUUUCAACUUCUCUUAAAAUUACCAUCAGCUUAAUGUAGCCAAUGAUUUAUGAAAUAUCUAGUCAUCUAUUAUUAAAACAUUUGAUUAAACAAUGGAAUAAUGAACUGUGCAAUGUCCAAACAGCUCUUAUUUUGCAAUUAGCUUUUAAAGCUGCUGUGAGGAAGUGUCAGUUUGUAUUGAUUUGGCGCCCCCUAUGGGCAAAGUGAUACCUCAUUCUUCUUUGCUGAUCCUUCCAGUACAUAUGUGUGGAGUAUUUUGUGUAGAAAAUUGCACCCUGCUGUCUUUUGACUGUAAAAGUAAAGCGUCAGUGUUGCCCUCAGUCUGUAUCAAGUAAAACAGUUUAUUAUGGAAGUUUUAAAUUCAACAUUAUCCUGUCGAACUAAAGACAUACCAUUUAAAAUUUUGAUGAGCCAAAUUUCUGUCAUUCAACACAACUAGCCCACUAUUCAUGUCUGAGGAGUUAUGUAGUUUUACUGUGUAACAUGGUUACCAUAGUAACAUGUUUAGAGUUAGCUCCACUGUUUAGAGUUAGAGGAGAAGGAAGAAAAAGAGCUGAAAAGGAGAGAAAAAGAUGAAGUGCUCCAGGGAAAGGUUUGAAGGUGAGGGACUGAAAAUGUAAAUGAGAGAUAACUAACAGUGCCGCUCUAACUUUGCACUGUUACACAGCUGAUGUUUAAAACAAAGACUUCUAACAUGCCUUCUCUUCCAACACUCAGACAUUACUAACAUGCUCUUAUGAUGGGCUUGGCCUGCUCUACUGCAGCCGUGUUUUUUUUAAGACUAAAGUGGGUCCAGACUUAAGAACUUUAAGGAUGUAAUGAUGUUUCAUCUGCUGCUGCAAUUUUGUCAGGUUUUGUUUUCCUGCUGCUUUUUGUUGGUAUCAACUCUCAGCAGAGAUAGUAAGAAUAAGAGAUGUCUCACUCCAUGAACACUUACCUCCAGAAAACUGUUAAUUCAACUACAUUACGGAAAAAGUGAUGUGCAGUUGACCUCAAAUUAACAAUUUCACUCUGUUUUUAACUAACGCUGAUUCUGUAUUGAAUCCAUGCUGUACCUAUGCACAUGCAUUAGGGUACAACCUGAAGUGCAUCUUCCCAAAAAUAAAACCAAUGCAUAUAACAAGCCCUGUGAUUGGUCCACUUGGUGGCAGACAAGUACUGUUACCACUUCUGUUCUCUUCUUCAGUGGCUGUAUGUUCUAUCCCCUCGACAUCUCCGCUUUGCAAUAAUUGCAGUAUGAUCAGCAGCUGCAACUCAAACAUAUUACACACAGAUUCAGAGGUUAUGUUGUCCCUUAUACAAAAAAGGAGAGAAUGUAGUCCUCCUGGAAACAGUGGACAAGAUGAGAACAGAAACUGCACUGCUGACAAGUGUUAUGGUAAAAUAUUGCAGUGUGCUAUACAAAUAUGCACAAGUUAGGACUGUGCGAUAAGGCCUCAAAUCAAUAUCACGAUACACUGAGCAGUUCACCUCGAUAACGAUAAAUGGAUGAUAAAUACUCCACAAGCUGCUCACCCACCCCCGCAUUAGCUUUGUCAACUUCAGCCGCAGCUCCAGCUGCUCCAACUUUUGAACUGUCCUCUGUCUCCUCACCUGUCUUUCCCUCUUUGUUACGGACUGGAUGGGGUGGAGUCACGUCUCUGACGUAGGACAGCAUCUUAAAGGGACAUGAAACCAUUGCCUACCUACACAUCCAAAACCAACUUUUAUUUAAAUUUUUUGACACUGAAUAUAUUGACAUUGGCAAAAUGUUGUCGGUUAUUGUCGUAAAUUUCGGUAUCGGUAAAUUUUCGGUUUAUCACCCAACCCUAGCACAAGUGCAAGUAAGUAGAUGUAGAGUCAGUGCAGAAGUACAAACCAGGCUUUGUGGUUAGACUUCCACUUUAAGGCUGUAUAAACUACAGCAUAGCUUUUAGCCAUUUGCUAUUGUCAGUAGACUAACAUGGUGCUAGCAUGUGCUAAAUGACACCAAAUCCAAAAACACAGCUGAGCAUGGUUAUAAAUGUGAUAAGUUUUGAGGGUCAUAUAGUAAAGCUUGGUCCAGCAGUGGCUCUGGCUGAUCUGGUUGAUACAAAAAAUUUCAGCAACAGAUAUCAACAUUUCACACUGAUUAAAGGUGAUCAGUAGAUUUGUUGGGGAUCAGUAAAGUUCUUCUUAUGUUAUCUUUUCCUUUCAUUUUUGUUAAAUAAACAGAUAUCUGUUUUCUUGUAGGUUUUGUUUAGCCUAACAGCAUUGAGGUCCCACUGUUUCUGUGUGCUCUGUCAUUAAAUGUUGUGCUAACUCUGUGAACACAACAUUUCUGAUUAGAUUACUUGGUUGAUCUCUGAAAUAAUUGAUAGAAUACUUGAUGAUUUUAUAAUUGAUCACUGCUACUCGACCUAUGUUGCUGCUGCUGACACUUUUUCUGUCUUGAGCUCAGCCUGCUCAGUCUGUUGUUUGCAAUCCACACAUCGGGGUAGUGACUGAACUUUUGAGCGUGCCCUCCAAAGGUUUUCUCCAAUAUCAGCCGGGUGCAUAGUUGAGUAUAUUUUUAAUCACACCCAAACUGUAGCCACACUCAUGCACAAAACGAAAAAACAGUACUAGCAGUAUGCUUGUAGAGCAAAUAAUCAAGCGGUGGGAACAGAUCAAUAAAAGCAAAGAUUAGUUUAAAUGCUGUCUCACCUUUGCAAAGGUUGAUAGGGAGACAGAAAAAUAUACACACAGUCCACCUGUCUGUCUGUGAGUGUGUGUAAGAGGGAAAGACUGACCAUUCUGAUGGGGUAAACUGACCCUGAAUGCACCACGGGAAGCAUCAGCUGUUUUCUGGAACAGGUGUGUGUGUGUGCAUGUGCUGUCUGUGCGUGUGUGUGUGUCAGUGGAUGGAGGUCAACAGCUGUUGUUCCUCUCGGGCUGGAUUGUGGAUGGUGUGUGUGUGUAUGUGUGUGUGGGGUCAUGCUAACUCCACAGUGUGUGUUGUUAUCAUGGAGCUCUGAGCACUGAUUCACAUCAGUGACCAGCAGCAGAGAUUUGAAGCUGAAAUACUCUGCUGUAGUCCCCUGUGUGUGGUUGUGUUGCUGUUAAAUCAGGUGGCACUCUUCUUCUUUUGAUUUUAAUGUGGUUAACAAACAGUUUUCAGAUACACAACAGUCACCCUCUGGCAGGAGUUUGGCAACACUACCAGGCAAUACUAAAAGCAGUGGAAGUUGUUUUAAGAUGAGGUCACAAGGGCUCUGUCUAAAGAAUUGAAACAUCCUGACCGGUGUUUUUCCGACACUGUUUCUUUUUCUCUUACGGCCUUCAGGUGUUCAGUCGUUCUGUCCUGAAAUGAUAUGAAUUGAUAUGGCUUUUGGAACAGCUUGUUUCUUCAACCUGACAUCAUGUUGUGCCGUGUUUUCGGGACAGUGCUGAAGCAUGGGCCCACCUGGAAGUCCUGCUCCUCUUUCUUUUUUAUCUCUGCUCUUUUUUGGUUCAGCCUGUCUCUGAAAGUUCCUCUGAGCGUUCUUUUGGUUGGAAAGGAAACUCAGCUAUUUUCUCCUCCCAAAGGCUACAGAAAACAGUGGGAAGUUUUUGUUGUUUUCAGGACAGUAACAGCCAUUAUGUAGCUGUAUGAGCUCGUCACUUCACAGAUGACUCCCUUGUAAACAAUGGCCAGCAUGAGCUGGAUUUGAGUCUUAGCCGUUACUGAAAACCGGUGCUGUUCACCUGUAAAGACGUUCAUAAAGGCUCAGAACCACAAGCUGGAAGAAAUAUUAAAACAGCUGAUCAUGGAACUGUAGCUAGCCUCAGACAUUUCCUGUAAAGGGCUAACUGUAGGGUUGUUUUAUGUCUACUAAGCUGUGUAAAAUGUAACCUCCAAGCUGUGUCAAACUUUCUAUUAGUGGAAGGCAGAGACUGAAUAGAGCUAUAGUGAGAAUUUUUACUGCUGCCAAUAAGUUUAAAAAGUAUUUUUUUAAGCUGCAGGCCUUUACAACUCCUCUCGUCUAGAUGUCCCAGACUGACAAAGCAAUAGAUGAAAAUUAGUGUAAUUGGUCCUCUUUUAAAUGAGCUGUUUUCAUUUGUAUCAUUAUUAACAUGUAAUACUCUUUAAACUAGAGCUAGUAAGUAAAGUAAAAGGCUUUCAACCUUUUGUACACACUUUUGAAAGAUGCAGAAUUUUGUCGACUAUUGUUAUCUGUUAAUGAAAAUAUUGCAAUAUUAUUGUUCAUCGAUAAAGUACACGGACGUUUUCAUAUAUGUCAACUCUUUUAUAUCAUGGGUGUUCUCACACAACAAUAACAAAAUAAAACAUAGUAGCCUUCUUUUUAUAUGUGUCAGUGUUUUUUAAAUAGAACUACAGCGUAGCUCUGCUUUAAUCUAUCAUAGUGUUAGCUCACACAAUCUGUGACUGUUCUCACAAGGUGUGAGCAGAGUUUAUGGGAGGCUUGUUGUAGCAAACAAUAGUCAGAUGAGAGUGCAGAAUAAUGCUAGUACCAACCUGCUGCAUAAAUUCACCUGAGAGAACCUCCAGGUGAAGUCUCUGUGUGGGAAACACUGGAUGGGCAGAAGCAGAGGAAGCAGAUGUGAACAGAGUUUAACUGCAGCUGAGUUUAGUUACAGUGGUGAAAUCAGAUUGACUUUGCGUGUGAUCACAUCUAAGUGAGAGCAGUUCAUACAGUUUGAGCACAUGAUCAAGAAAUACUGCUGAAACAUCAGAUAAUUGACUCAUUAUUGUGAUAUCAAACUUAAGAAGUCAGAGAGAAAUAGUUAUUCAUACUGUGGUUCACUAAUUAUCAUGGAAACACACAAUGAAGUUUGACUCAGCCUCACAUAGACCAUCCUGCUGCUGGAAAUAGUCACUGCAUCACAGGAUGAGGAUUCAUACGCCGCUGAAAAUAGUUCCUAAUAAAAGCAUUGUUUUGUCCUGUUUGAGUGACAGUGGAUAAAAAUACAACACAGCACUGCUGUUUUUAGUGAGUUUCUGAACUUUUUUCUUUUUUUUGGAUACAUCAGAAACAGGAGGUCAGGAGGAAUUUAGAAGCAGGUUUUAUUUUAGUCUUCAUUUUUUGCUUUGUGACUGUGUAGAGUUUAAAUUAUCUACCUCUAGUUUUUAUAUUAAAAUUAUAAUUAUCUCAAAUCUAAACAAACUUUUUUCUCCUCAUCUGUGCUUGGCGCUUUGGUGGUUUUUCAGAGGGUAUUGCACUGUUAUUUCUUCCUGCAGAGUGGGAUAGUUUUCAUGUUUUAUUGUUCUGCCGAUAGAAGAACAGACAUCACAGCAGAUCCUAUACAUGACGCUGCGUCUGUUUGUGAUUUGUUUCUAACGCAGUAUGACUUAAACAUUUGUUCUAUCUCUCCACAGGUGAUGUGUCACCCAUCAGUAUGUCCCCCAUCAGCCAAUCACAGUUCAUCCCUUUGGGAGAAGUACUGCUACUGGCUAUCUCUGCUAUGAACUCCGCCCACAAACCUGUGACUCAGGAGGCUCUGACUGAACAUCUGCAGACAUGUUUCCCAGGUAAACAUGAUAACUGUCAAAUGAUAUCUCUCAUUGUGUACCUGAAUCUGACUGCUGUAGAUCAUUAAUCUACUAAUAAUAACAAAAUGUCAAUAUAUUAUGUCAAUAUAAUGUAGUAUAUAUCAAAUAAUAAAAAUUACACUUGGUCAUAUUUUACACACCUCUCUGCUGCUGUUUACUGAUUAAGUUAAUGGCUGUUAUUAUCAGCUGUUGUCCUCCACGAAUCCAGUGAAGUUAUUCUACAGAAAUGGAGUACAUGAUCAAGCAAAGCCACACUGAGAAAGGCACUGCAACGGCAAGUCAUCAACCUCUUAUAAGAAGCUUUUAAAGAGGCCAUCACCAAUAGAAUUUAAAAUUUCAAACAUCAGGGUUUUUCCUGGCUCAAAUUGAGGCAGAGGUGGCACCAUCCUGACCGUGCGCCAUGACGUGCAUGUAUUUGUAAAUUCAACUGACUCACUUUCUUUUACAGGCAACAUACUUUAAGUUAAGAGUUCAAAAAAGAGUGUGACCAUUAUCAUGUUAAAGCAUUCAUUUAUUAAAACUAUAUACAUACACAAAUCAGCUGGCAACUUUAAAUUGAAAGUACACUUCAUCCACACAUCUCACAACCAGACAGAACAUUUCAGCCUCCUCUUUUUCAUUCUGUAGAACCUCCUCAUGCACUCCUUGUAGUCCAAGGCCUCCUGGUCUGGUCCAUCAACGGCCACCUUACAACAGACAUCCAAGUGCCUCUCCUUCAGUCUGUUCCGCAGAGGUGUCUUCACCUUAAACAAAACCAUUCAUCAUGCAUUAAGUAUUUUUUGUUUUUAUUCUGAUACAGACAUGAAGGGUGAUAGUGUUUUCAAUCAUAUAUUAUAUAUAUGUAUACGCUGCAGUGUCCUCCCUAAAAAAACGACAACCAAUUAUUUCUUAAACUAUCUAAACUAUGAUAUUUUAGUUUUUGUAACUAUUAGUUGAGUGUUUUUAGGUACUACCAUCUUUAAUAUAUUUCUCCUUCUCUUCUGCUGCUUUGUGAAUGGCUAUCACCUCAUGUCUUUUUAAUGUGUCCAGCCUGUAGUUGGUUGAUGGCUGUCUCACUAAGGAGGCAGCAAUUGCCUGCUGUGUUGGGGCACAGUGCUUUUGGCAUAAAUAGCAGUGCAUGCAUUCCUCAGUAUGCCUGAGCCAGGUACAUUGAUUGAGCCACUGCUUGUCAAAGCCACUGGCUCUGUGUUUUUGAGAAGAUCUGGAAAGAGGAAUAAAAAACCACGUACACGUUGGUUUUGCGUUGUUAUGCUCCUAAUUGGAAACUAAUUAAUUAAUUACCCUCGCCUCGCCGACUCGUCCUGUCCUGCAUUCUGACCCUCGCGAUCACCAGUCCCUUGUGAAGUACUUUCAGACCUGACACAAAUUUCCACAUUGUCACCACCAUGAAUUAUAGCAUUUUAACUGCCUGUUCCUUUUUUUUUCUCUGCUGUGUUUCACCUGGACUCUUGACUUUCCUCCUCGCGAGGUCGCUUUUUAAAGUACUGGCUAGGCCUGAACGAUAUAUCGUUUGACUAUCGUCAUCGCGAUGUACGUGUGUGCGAUAGUCACAUCGCAGAGCCUGCGAUAUUGGAGGUGAAUGAACUCAUUUAAUUUCAAGGGUAACCGACUGAGAUACACUCCAUGUGACUCUGCAUGUGCUGUGCAGCGAUCCACCAAUCGCCUUCGUCCUUAACUCAGUUGCCAAUCAGACUCACUUCUCAGUUGCCAAUCAGACUACCCUGCCAGCUGUCAAUCAAAAUCAGGGCGGAGAAAACCCACCCCUGCACAUGUUCUGCACAUGGAGGGAGACGUGUGUCCGCUGAGAAUUACUUUCGGAACUUUACUCAUGACUGUUAAGCCAAACAAAUAAGAACUGUAUGGAUUUUAAAUUGUACAUUUCCGUGGACCACUCUACUAUAAGCAGUGCGCGUUUUGCGAGGUGCAUGCAAUUCUCGGAGGACAUGCGUUUCUCGGCACAACACCGCUAACAACAACAACAACGAUCGCAAAAUGAACAACGAACAAGCGAAAACCACCGAAAAUGAAGAUUUGUUGCCCAAAAGAAAAGGAAAGUCAGUUAUCUGGAAUUAUUUCGGUUAAAAGAAGGAUGAUGUCGACCAAAACACGUCUUCUGUGUUCACCUGUUGCCACAAUAACGUCCCAGAACAAUAAAAGCUAAAAAUAUCUCUGAGACAGACAGAAGCCGUUCUACUAACAUUCACAAAAAGAGGUAAGAUCAGAGCAGAUUAACUGUCCUCAAGAUUUCAGCAGUGCAGCAUAACAUUAAGUGCUAUUCAGGUCAUCUGGUGAAAAUACUGUAUUUUUAAUAUCGCAAUAUAUAUCGCAGGGUUGAAAAAAUCGCAAUAUUAUUUUUUUCCAAUAUCGUGCAGCCUUAGUACUGGCUGAUUUUGCCUGUCAUAACUGCAACGCUAAAAACGGAGUAAACUUUUUUUUAAAAUAAACACGUCAUGCUCGGAUGCAAAAAAGACAAGCAGUAUUUACCUGUUUGUGUCCAGCCGCCAGGGAAAAUCAGGACGCCGAUAGCACCAACUAGCGGGAAAAAAAACAUGAUUCGAUCCGUUUCUUCUUUGGUAGAUGCUUCAGGUCUUUCCGAUGCACUGCUGUUGAUAUAGCGCCUUUAUAGUGGUGCAACGCUGCAACUGCAGUUAAAAUACGUUGCUGCUGCAGAGGGACAUCAUACGCUCAAUCAACACAGCUGGAGCUUUACGCUGUGUUGAGCGAAAUCAAUCGCUCUGGCUGGGGGCGGCACAAAAUUAGGUGGAGGCGGCCGCCACGCAAUUUUGAACGCAGGAAAAACCCUGAACAUAUCUGAACAUUUGCACAUCAUGUUUGGUGUUUGUUCAAAAUUGGAUUUUCGGGAAAAACUGAAUAGUUUUCUAGUCAAGAUGAACCUUAUGUCUGCGUGGUGCAACCAAACUAAGGUACAACUUAAGUGAUUACAGAACUAGUUUUAAUGUGUAGCUUAGUAUGAACUUUAAACCCUAACUUGACUUGUGCACAGCUUAUUCACCAGUCCACAGACACAUUUAUACUGGUAAACAUGUCAACCGUUGAAGUAAAGCCACACCCCUUUCUUACAUCAUUGGAUUUAACAAGUGACAAGGAACCAGACUAGACUAUCUUUUCCCCCUCACACUCAGUCUUAAUGCUAAGCUAAGCUAAUCAUGCUCCCAGAAACAACUGAGAAACAGAGAGUUUAAAUCCACUGUUUAUUAUUUAAAAAAGCCGCUCAUCUUUGGCAUGUUGAACACAUGGAGGCUUGUGUGUGUGUGUGUGUGUGGCUGGGUUUCCCUCUUUAGAGAACUUGCGUCAUGUCACCAAAGCAACUGCACAAGCAUGAUGUAAUGACAGGCAACACACACAAACACACAGUCAGUCAAGUCAGUGUGUUGGUAAUUAAGCGUUAGGUAAAUUGAUCAGAUCAAUAAAUAAACUGAUGAAUGAAGUGUUCCCUUUUCUCAUGUCACCUGUGGAGCUUAUAGGUGUACUUCACUCCAUCUUUCCCUUUAUUCCUGUUGUCCCAGAUUAUUAAAAUCCAACACAUCGCAAAGGUGAUUAUGGACAUUAUGAGAUUUUAAAUCAGUCUGCUGUUGCUGAAUGUUUGCAGAGGAAUGAUACUGUGAUUUCAGGGGCAGAUUUUUUGCUUUCUUCACUCCCUGAUUCAGGUUCAUUAUUGAAGAGUUCUAUGUCUGUAGUAUUUGACAGGAAGCACUACUUUAUUUUCUAAAGAUUCCCUCCACCAGUGGUUGAAUUGAUAAGGCAAGCAAUACAUUAACAUGCUAUUCAGAAAUUGAUUUAUUGAAAUAGUACAACUAAAAAUUGAGUUAUAAAGUACAUUUAUACGUGUUUUUAUGACUGAAAUUGCACUAAAUCAAACUUCUCAUAGUUGGACCAAUAUACCCAGAUAAUGUGAUGGGAUUUAUUUUCUAUGUCAUGUAUUACAGAUUAGUUUGACUAAAACUGGCCUAAGUGUUUAAAGCCUCACCUGGGCUUACAUCUGAGAGUGGAUUGGCAUCAAUGCAUUGCUAGGAAGCUGGAUAGUAAACAAAACCUCAGCAGAAGAAAAAGGGGGACCGCAAAAACAGAUAAAGCUGUUGUUUCAUCUGUACAAAAGGUAAAGAACUGUGAGAGUGACAGUGUUUUCAUCAUGCAACGAACAACCCAUUAGCAACUAGAUUACACAUUCAUUUUUGCAGCUAAUACAAAGUGGAGUUGACAUGCAUCUGGCUGUAAUUCUGGUCUUGCUGGAUGCUUGUGAACUGAGACAAGGACAGCAGUUUAAUAAAAGCACCUAAUUGAGCCCAAACUGUAGCUUAACGUAACCAUGGAUAUAAUUGUACUGAAUGUGUUUUAUUUCAAAACACAGAAGCCCUAGGUAGGUUCACACAAGGGAUCUGCUGUAUGGAUACCUCAAACCAAUACCAAGUAUCCAAAAGUAGCUGCUGCUGAUGGCUGAAAAGCUUAGAAAUGUAUUUACAUUUUUGUAUGUAUAAAUUGGUAGAAUCUGCAUUUCUGUGAUGUUUGGAUUCAGUGUACAAAGAUGCAUGUAUCCUCUGCCAUUACUCUUAUGAUUUCUGUCCUCUCCCCCCUCUCCUCCCUUUGAGCUACGUCACUUACCCUGGUGGGUCUUUAAGUACGUUCAGUUCUCUAGAGCACUGAGGACAGUUGAACUUACUCUUGUGUUGUGUAGCUGCUUUGACUCAUUGGCUAACACUCUACUUAUGAAAGAAAACUAAACUCUCAAACAUCGUCCAUCCCUCUUAUUGACUGGAGGGUUGUGUUUGACGUGAGACGGGAUGUAUUUGUGUUAGGUAAUUUCACAGCUUUGUAUAGUUGUUUUUAAUUGUUAUUGACAGCCAGUUCAGAGCCAAACAGCCCUGAGGGGACAGAAGGCUUCACUCUGCAGACACACACUCACAAACACACUCACUCUCACAGUGAACACACUGUUCACUGUUGAAGGAUCUGACUCAUCCCAGCAGCACCGGAUUAUUCUGGUUUAUUACAAGUUAUGACUAAGUUCCUGAUACAGGGAUCUGAUGUGAACAUUUUUUUCUGUCUGGGGUGAAAGAGUGUAAAAUUUUGAGUUUACCUUCUCGAAUCCACUGAACCCUGCCCGUACAAAUAACUAUUGCUUGGGCUUAAACACUUCUUGCUGGUCCCUAAAUGAGGUGCUCUUCGACAGGUGGAAGUCAACCCAGGAACAAGUAACCUUUUGACAUACUGUGUCUUUCAAUAGCAGGAACCAGGGUCUAAAUUUACACAUUUAGUUCUGGGGUAAUUGAUCUGCCUCCUUGGAAAGUCCAUGUAAAGGGAAUAGUACUUUCCACAGGUCCAGGAUUUUCGGAAGGCAGGACCUGAAGACAAAAAAGCACCUGGAUGGAUGUGCUUAAUUAGUCCUUGCUUGUACUCAGAAAGUUCCUGUCAGCGCUUGCCUAAUCUCUACCUGUGUUUAUAUGGCCUAAGUUUCUGUGUAGAUGGUCCUUGCCUGGGCUGAAAUGAAUAGUUUCUUUUUCUGCUUAAGUAGUCUUUUGGUUGGUUCUUACAUAGUCCUUGUGUUUGAGAAGGCCCUGCUUAUGCUUAUAUAGUCUCUGCUAAUGCUGGAUGUUACCUAUACUUACAUAAAAUACAUUAAAAAUGAAUCCAGCAAAAUUUACCACCAAAAGAAAGCCAGCUGUGCUUUAUUUCAGCACAAGCAGGAGCAUCUUUGAGGGAAAAUCUGAACAUGAUAUCACUCGCACAAUCAUUUUACCUGCAAAAACCCUUAAUAAAAUUGAUUCAUUCUUAAAAAAUCUGUUUUAUUAAAGAGCUCAGUAGACACAGGCUGAGAAGAGGGGGCUGACUUAUCAUUCCGACUCAAAUUGUCUUGAGGAGAUAGGAAUCGGACUGAAACUGGAUUCUAAAAACACAUCUACGUGCCGCACUUCGCUGAAUAUCUUGAAGUGGGAACAAUGCACUAGAUAAUGUGGCCAGGAAUGAAUUUUCUCUUGCAUUUCAAUUGGCUCCAAACUGGCCCAAGUGUUCAGGCUUGACCUGGAAGUUGAACACAAGACAUGUAUUGUCGGGAUUCCAGUGGUAAACUAAAAAUUCUACAAAAAGAAAAGAAGGGAGUAAAAAAGACGAGGCUUUCAUUCAAAGCCAUUCAAUUACAAAACUGCAAAGUUGUUCAUGUUAGGGCUGGGCAUUACGGCCUCAAAUCAAUAUCAUGAAAUAUUGUGCAGUUCACCUCAAUAACGAAAAAUGGAGGAUAACUACUCCACAAGCUGCUUACCACCUCCCACAUUCACUUCAUCUACUUCAGCCGCCGCUACAUCCGCUACAUCCGCUACAUCCGCUACAACUUUUGAACCGUCCUCCAUCUUCGCACCUGUCUUUCCCUCUUUUUAUAGACUGGAUGGGGUGGAGUCACGUCUCUGAUGUAGGACAGCAUCUUAAAGGGACAUGAGACUAUAACCUACACACAUCCAAAACCAACUUUUAUUAUUUUUUGACACUGACUAUAUUGACAUUAGCAAAUUGUUGUCGGUUAUUGUCGUAAAUUUCGGUAUCGGUAAAUUUUCAGUUUAUCGCCCAGCCCUUGUUCAUGUUUUACCAGUCAACAUUCAGCCAGUUAGCCUCUUGCUAACCUGCUUGUUGGUUGUUUUGGUGUGUGGCAUGGUGGGUUAAAUGAAAGAUCAAAUAGCAAAAAAACUAAAGGGGGCAUAUUGCCACCUACAGCAGUGGUAAAUCGAUUGUCAGCUGUUGCUUGUGUGCUUUGACAAAGAUAAUAGUUCAAUUGAGUUGCAUUAUCUUGCUAUACCUGUAGCUGGACUUCUCUGUUAUCAUAGCAGAGGCUACCACCAUAUGUUCACUGUGAGUAAAACAAAUGAAACAUGAAUGAAGCAGCUUCAUCAGAAAUAUCAGCCACCAGUGGAGACAACUAGUUUCCUCCGUGUGCAGUGUGAAUUUGUGUGUGUGCAUGCGUGCGUGUGUGUGUGAAUCCAUAAUGGCAGCUGUUAGAUAGCCUGCAUCUAUUUCUGCUCAUCUUUUUAUCAACUAGAAAGGAAAAGAGAUGGACAAACAUCUGUCUGUCUGUGUGUGUGUCUGUGGGUCUGUCUGUCUGCAUGCUGUUGCAUCACUGUGGCUGGUCUGAAAGACUAGUAUGAUGUAACUGGCAGUAAUACCUCCAGACUGACAGAAUGAGAGAGAGAAAGAGAGCGAGAGAAAGAGAGAGGAAAGAAUGAGCAGGGGGAGAGAGCAGAGAAAGAGGAAGGAUUUAAGAAUUACAGAAUAAAAUUGGAGGCCAGUUGAAGUAAAACGUCUGUCUGGAUAUUUGUAGAACGUCAUAAUUGAAGAGGUUAAAAACCUCACCUGAUAAUCGCCAUUACAACUGCUUCAGUGCACUGAGAGAGGACAGUUUAAACGCUGUUCAUGUUUUUUGUAUCACACAUAAAGCAGAGCCAGAGCUGAGUAUAACACUGGGAGCAACAGAAACCUUUACAGAACCAAAGAAAAACACAAAUCUGUCCGGAUGUAUUCCUCACUGAUUCUUGCUCCAGGACCUACUUUUUCAUACUUUGUGACUGACUAACAGGAACAGAAAAGCUUGGAAAUCUCUGUUGUAGAUGAGUUGAUCCUGCAGCAAGUAAACAGGCUGUAAUGUCUGAGACAUUGAGACAUCAUCCUGUGUCAACUAGAAGUUCUUGUUUUUGUUCCCAACAGGACAAAGUGUCUGACAACGUUACAGAAGUGAUCCCAACAGAGAGAAAGCUUUUGGUCGAAGACAAAGAUUAAAAAAAAAAAAAAGAACAGAAAGAGCUUUUACAUUAUUCUCCACAAAAUGGAAUAAAACCCCAUGAGCCACUGGAGUUAUUGGUCUUCUACUGCCUUUGUUAAUUUAGAUGUUAGUUCAGGUAGGCUUCAAAAGCCUCUUUCAGACAUGCCCAUGGUUCCUGAAACGUUCCUGAAAUUGUGCUGUGGGUGAGCUGUAUGUGUGAACAGAAUCCGCUAAGUCUCGACUUCACCCAGAAUUUUUCCUGCUCGCCCCCCUGGUAUCAUUAAUUAUAAUUUAAAGGGAAAGUGUGUAAUUUCAUGGGAGAACACAACAGCAAAUCUUUCAGAUUUAAAAAUAAUGUUUGAGGCAGGGAUAUAGCGUAAGACCCACAUUUCCUCUCCACUAUGUUCAUUUCACUUCUCUGCUGAUAAAGUGCAUACCUUCAGUUACUCAUUAUAUUGAUACAAAGGUUAAAAAAAUGUUGAUAAACCAAAAGUUAUGUAUCGGUCUCAGUUUGUCUACUUUUUCAAAAUUAGAUUCCUUUUUUAAUAAUUCACAGAGUUUGACUGAACAUCAUGACUAUCGCAGCAUCUAUUUGACUUAAUGAUAAGCCUCCUAAACCUCACCCCCCCACACCCCCCAUCUGACAGGGGAGACCAGUGUGAGGGUGUGUGGACAGUACAGUAAGGUAAAUUUCCAAGUGAGAGCCCCUGAAAUUUCCUGGAGUGCAUAUCUGAAAAUGGCUAAAGUCAAGCUAAGCCCCCAUCACCUGGUAGCAUACUGCAUUCAUGGCACUGUGUUUAAGCUGCACAGCCCCCCCUGCUGUUAGCGCUCUCAUGUAGCAGGUGUUUCUUUGUGUGACUUAAAUGUUUCAUUCGGUUGUUGCAGAUUGAAUGCAACAAUUUUUAAAACACACUCUGUUUUUUCUCAGGUGUACCCACGCCUACAGAGGAGGUCCUGCACCACACGCUGGGCAUGCUGGUUCGUGAGCGGAAGAUCUACCCAACGCCAGACGGAUAUUUUAUUGUCACCCCUCAGACGUACUUCAUCACACCGAGUCUGAUCAGAACCAGCUCAAAGUGGUACCACUUAGACGAGCGAUCAGCUGAGCGGCACCAGCAGCAGCAUCAGAACCAGCAGCAGCACCAGCAGACGCAGUGCACCUCCCCCCUCUCUGGUACCAUCACCCCCUCCACCUCUGGGCCUGUCAGGGACCGAACGCACCCAAAGUCCAGCCAGAACCACAGUGGGGGAGGAGGAGGAGGAGGCGGGGAUACUUUCUACAACAACAGUUACAGAGCAGACGACCCCCCUAGCCACCACAACACCCUGUCACGCAGAUCCCCUAAAGACCACAGGGAGGCGUACUCGUCGCCACACUCCCCACAAACUCCUCCCCAGCAGGCAGGAGGAAACACAGAGAAGAGUCGAAGCAGCCUCGGGUUCCCCUUCAAGACGGACACACUCACCAAGCACCGCGGAGGGGGAGGUGGGGGAGGAGGUGGAGGCGGAGGAGGUGGGACAGGAACAGGAACGGGAACAGGAGAGGUGGAGAAACAGACGGGUGGAGGCAGUGGAACAGGAAGUCGAAAGUUUGGCCUGAAGCUGUUCCGGCUGAGCUUUAAGAAGGACAAGGCCAAACAGCUGGCCACCUUCUCUGCUCAGUUUCCACCCGAGGAGUGGCCGCUCCGCGAUGAGGAGGUGCCCAGCCAGCUUCCCCGCCAUGUUGAGAUGGAGAUCAUCCGCAGGAUCAACCCUGACCUCACUGUGGAGAACCUGGCCCGCCACACCGCUGUCAUGAAGCGUCUAGAAGAGGAGCGUGCUCAGAGGAGCAAAGCCUCAUCGGCCAAUCAGAGCUCAAGGAGCAGGAGAAGUGGGGGGCGGCACAGAAAGCAGUCUCAAGCCAAACUAAGCCGCUCCCACAGUAAGACGAGGGCGUCCCGCGGUGAGCCCAGUGACCUAGAGCUAGCUGACCGAGACUACAGAGCGUACUCUUCCUCACUGGCACGGUCGCCCAGGGAACAUGCUCUAGCAAUGGAGAGACAGCGGGCUCGGCUUCACCUGGCCCACAGCAAUCCUAACAUCCUCGACUCCUCCCAUCUACCUGUUACGCCAGAGUGGGAUGUGUCAGGAGAGCUUGCGAAGCGCCGCACAGAGAUGCCUUUCCCUGAGCCAAGCCACGGCCCUUCUGCCCACCACUCCAAAGUGCACCGCUCGCACUCACACACGCAAGAGAGGAAGUCCAGGAACGAGCGCAGCGACAAGGCCAAGGAGCGCUCCCGGUCCAUGGACAACUCCAAAGGACCACUGGGAGCAGGUCUCAUUGGACCUCCUGAUUACUAUGACGACCGAAGCCGCUACUAUACUGAUGAUGGUACUCUUAGAGCUAAUCAGAGCUCUUCUCACUACUCUCGAGCCACGCCCCCCUCAGCUAAGCUGCCUGUGGACUCUCUGGGGCUGGAUGGUGGGCGGAGCUUAGAGAAAAGUAAGAGCAGGGACAGCCUACCGGCAUACUCCCCCAAACCGCUCCCCCCCUCAGUCCCUCCUGAUGAUUACUUUCAGUGUUCGGGUUCAUCUGAGGCAGUCCUCACAGCUGCUAACUCGCUCGGAACUUUGGGUAAGAGCAGCCAUGAGGGGUUGAAAAUGGGCGGGACUGACAGACUGAUGGACAGGCAGACGUCCCACCCCCUGGACAGUAAGGAGGACUUGUCAAAGGUGGGGCCUAAGGGAGGCAGCCUCCCUCCAAUACCUCUGUCUAUCCCUGACCCACCACUGGCUAACGGCCGGCCCCCUCACAGUGCCUCCUCUGGUCAGGAGAAACGUAAGGAAAUCUUUAGUAAAGACACUCUCUUCAAACCUCCCCCCAGCCUCCCUCUACCUGGGUACAGCUCCCUGAGAAAACCCCCCACCCUCGUCUCCUCCAACCUGUCCUCCUCCUGCGAUGCUCUUGAUUCUCAGGAGGCCUUCGAUGCCCCUAAACCACUGGUUGCCACAUCGUCUGCCCCUCCACCAGGGAUUGAACCUACACCCGGAGCAGCAGAGGCCUCCUUUGACUACUACAAUGUGUCUGACGAUGAGGAGCUGGAAGAGGGCGGCGCCAAGAGUCGAGGGGAAGAUGAUAAGUCAGGAGGAGGUGUUGUUGGAAGAGGAGGGGGAGGAGCAGGGACCAUGCAGUGGCUCCUGGAGAGGGAGAAGGAGCGAGACCUUCAGAGGAGGUUUGAGAGGACUCUGGCCUUCCCUGGUGCUAAAGAGAACCUUCCAGAACCCGCUCAGAAUCAGCAGUCAGCUCACUCUGCUCGACUGGACAGUAUGGACUCCAGCUCAGUCACUGUGGACAGCGGCUUCAACUCACCACGGUGAGAACACACACAUCAAACACAAUGUUCACAAUCACUGCUAUACGUACACAAAGGAAGGUAUAAUCGAUAGUAUCAUCAGCACAAGACCUCAAUCAUCUGUUAAUUUUCUAAAACCUCCAUUCCAAAGUUAUUGAGAUGCUGAGUUUGAGUUCUCCUUUGCUAUCAUUUGGUUUCAUGAUUCACUUCAAGUUUUUUACAAAUGAAAAAUCAGGACUGCAGGGAGGUCAGUUUAGCACCAGGACUGUCUUGUACUACAGAGCCAUGCUGUUGUAAUAAGUGCAGAAUCUGGUUUGGUAUUGUCUGCUGAAAUACGUUUCCCAUUGUGUGUCAGCAGCUCUUUUUUUUUUUUUUUUUUUACAACGGACUCAUGGGUUCCCUGAGUGAAUUCUGGCCCAGAUUUUACUUUUGUUAUCACUGAUAACAUGUAAGAGCAGGAAAGCAGGAAAGAGAGAAAAGCAGUUGUUAAAGCUGCUAAACUGAAGUCUGUUUUUUGAUUUUUAGCUUAUGUUAUAUGGACACUUGUGAUCCCCAUACCAACAGGGAAGCUGAUUUUGAACUGUGAGUGAAUAUCAAGCUGUGUGGGCCCUCUCCUCUUAAGCGCAGAAGAGGAGGGGGCCCACAUGCUGUCUUUGAUUUCCAAAAAGAUUGUCAGAUUUUGAUUUGUCAGAUAGCAGGACAUAUUUCCUCUUCUUCUCUGUAUACCUUAAAUGUUCCCUAAUAACAAGUCAGGAGUUCCUGUCCUCUUUGGAACCAAGGGUUUAGUGUCCAUGAUUCCCAAAAGGAGAACAAAUUCUUUUAUCACAUGGAACUAGUCUAAAUUUACCACAAAUUUAAAGCUACUGUCUACGAUCUGAAAACCAGUUUGGCUGUUGAAACAGAUUUGAAAAAUGCAGCCUACCCCCCCUUUACUCACCCUUCCCCUCCGUGUUCCAAGAUCCCGCCCCCCCAGCUCGUGUUGCCUCCUAACAAUACGCCCCCUCCGAUAGAGCAAGAAGCCGGUCAGCAGAAAAUAUCAGCAGUGGUACACAGUGGUAGCCAUUUUAAUUGGACCGGUACGAUCAAAACCAUAUAUUGGCGGGGCGAAGCGGGUCUGGCGUGGCCACUGCUAGCUGCUCAGACCAGAGACGAUUGUGGGCGAGGCUUUACCUUUCUCGGCGUGUCUUCACCAGCUCAGUUUACAAUGCUAAAGAUGUGUGGCUAACUUAUGCUCAAAUCUAUUGACAGAGCCUACCCGUUCCGACCAACAACAUUCAGUCAUUAGCCGGUAUCAGCACAGACUAACCAGAGUUAUUCAGCAGACAUCUCCCUCUGUAGUAAACAAAGUAAUUAACCUGUUAGACAGAAAUUCAUCUGUCUCAGUGUCAGUUUUCAAUCCCAAAUCCUUCUGCAGCUUUUUCCACCGGUCGUACGUUUCUCCAAUGUAGACUCUCCGUUGGCACCUGUAUCACUCACUUCUUCCUUACUUCAGCCUUUUCCUCGAAACUUUUACGUUUCCUUCCCUCCGAUGUGAAGGGUAACAGAAGCGGCCUCCUGGUUUCGGUGUUUGUCUUCUCCGGUUCCAUUACACUUCAGCAGCUGUGCAGCUCGCUAAUCACAUGUCAGUGAUUAGUUGGUCGAUUAUUAUGCCUUUUUGCAGAGGAUAUACUGAAUGGAUUUUUUUCGUUCUUUUUGAUCUCGAUAUUGCGUAGAUCGGACCAUAGGACCAUAAUGGCCUUAUAAACAGUGUUAUUAAUAAGCACCAAGCUUCCAAAUGGUAGACAAAAGCUUUAAGCAGUCGAAUUGUAACCAUAAAAAGCAUCUUUACUUUUAGAUACAUGUUAUUGUAGGUCAGUAUAAUAAUCACAUUGUAAGAAGCUGAGAAGUUGGACAGUUGUCUUAGCUUUGGUGCCUUCAUAAUUUAUUGUGAUCCAAAACUCACACAGAAAUUCAAGUAAGCAAUAAUAGAAUCAUAUAGUGAAAUGUGAAUGUGAUGUAUCACAAAGAGGCUACAGAGAGAUCUUGUAUUAUCCAGCUGCUCUUUUUUCUGCUUGUGACUAACACCCCCUGUUGUCUGUUUCUCUCAUGUUGUUAUUUAACACUGUGUUGCUGUAUAUUGUGUUGUUAUGUUGUCUGACAUCUGUGUGUGUGUGUGUGCAGGACGAGGGAGAGUUUGGCGUCAAACACCUCAUCCAUCGUAGAGAGUAACCGUCGACAGAACCUGGCUCUGAGCCCCGGACACCUCGGCAUCACCUCCGGAAAUGGCCCCCCCUUUUCCUUCAGAGCCAUCCCAGAACCCUCCGGAACCCAACCAGAGAAACUCCAGAAGCCCAGCGCCUGCCUCGCGUCAAUCACCAGCGUGUAGGGGGUGGGGCUAAGGGCUGGGAGGAGCGCCGAGAUCUGAUGGACAGAAAAAUAUAAAUCCACCCCCACCUGAUAACCCCCCAAAAGGACUGUUACACCUUCAGACUGACGGACUGUCUGAGUCAGUGCAACUGUAAACACAUACAUACACACACAAACACACACUCUCUCUUUUUCUCUCUCUCUCUCUCUCUCUCUCUCUCUCCUUUUCUCUCUCUCUCUCUCUUACACACACAGACACACACACACACACACACACACACACACACACACACACACCGACAGCAGACACACACCGGGCAGACUCUGACCAUGUCAUCUACAGCCUCCAGUUUACACACCGCUGUUGUGUUGUUUCACUUAUGUGGGUAUUAGUUCUGUGUGUGAAUGUGUGUGUGAGUGAAUGUUUGAGUGUAAUCUGUAUUCUCAGGUCAUGUUAUUUCCCAUCCAGCUGCUCUAGAUCAGCAUGUCUCCCCCUGCUGGUGUCUCAUGGUAUCACACGCUUAAGAGGCGCUGCUCUGCUGACUACUGAUGCAAAUAAUACACAUGCACACACAUGCACACACAGGAGACCUGUUCACACACCUGUUGCUAACAUGAGUCUGCAGCUCUUCUCUCUGACCAGACAAACCUUUUUUAUGUUUAAAUCAUCAGAUUAUUAAGUGAUGCAGACCUUUUCUGUUCCUCAUCAGGUCUCAGGAAAAUCCUGUUCUGAUAAGUAAAAUGACAUUUUUACUGAAUCAAUACAGGAUGAUAUGUGUCCUGUGUAUUUUUGCUGACCUGGGACAGCUUUAGGUGUAAGCGAUCAAAAUUUGCAUUAUCAUGCAUCUCCAGCUGCAUAUGGAGGGACCACUCAUGAUCAGAUAUUAACUUCCUACUUUAGAAGCAAAAAUCAGAAAUUAGUUGCUUGAGACUAUAUGAGUCCUACAAAGGAGGGUCUGCUGUGGUUUCUAGUCGAGUCUAUGACGUUCAUUAGGACACGUGCAUACACACUAUUGGAGGAUUGAGGACAGAUGAGUCUUAGAUUCACCCUUAGUUUGUCCUGAGUGUGUUCACACCUGUGGUUAGGGCUGUGAGCUGGUCACUAAAAUCAGAUGUCAGUGCUAGGUGUGAAGGCAGUCAAUGUGCUCUGAGGAAUCAGAUUUGGAGAUCAUUUCUUUACGUGUGCAGCUCAGUCUGAUAAUUGAAGCUCAUUUUUAGGGGGAGUGUAUACAAACAGCCCGAUUCUUCACCGUGAUGUUUACCUGCCGGCCCUCAGCAAUGAGAAAAUGUCAGUAAGAGGGACCUGUAAGGAUGAUGGCCUUAGAGGUUGUUCUGAAAUUUUCAAACUGGCAGUGCAUGUGUGAACGUGAUGUGUCUCUUGUGCAUUUGGUCUCUUUGAACUCAUAUUAGUACCAGGUGUGUUUGAGAUGAUCUGAUGUAGAAUGAAGCAGAGCGGCUUUCUUGCCUGUUGACCCCGUGGCGACCUCUUGCAGGGGUCAGAUGUCUGAUGUCAUGCUCAUUUUAGUGGUAGAGCUUCCAGUUUCAUCUCUGUGACUCUUCAUGUUCACACAGUGAAUCAACUGAGUCAGGAUUCAGCUCACACACUGCUGUCAGAAACUGUAACUAGUUUCCACUCUGAAGAGUGGUGUGUUAUUGAUCUCUGAGUGAAAACUUACCUGUCACUACAAAGAGGGAACAUAAAGAAAAGUAUUUACAUAAAUAAAAACUACAAAAGAUGUUAAAUUAAUCAGAAUAAAGACAGUUAGACACAGAUUAUAUGUUAGCUUCCACAGUAUAAGUAAAUAUAUGUACAGUGUAUAGAAACCUUUAUUUAUUAACCGUUUAAAUCAGAUAUUUAAUGACAUGCUGCUUUUGUUACUGACUUUACACACAGAAAAUAGAAAUGAGUUUAUCUUGUUAGUUUAUAGAGUCACAUCACAGUACAGUUCAUAUAAUCAUCACUGAGGAAAUAGACACCAUUACAACAUGUAAACAUAUAUAUUUAUGCUAACUGCUAAAAGAGCUGCAACCCUAAUCCUGAUAAAAUCAGGAUGCUGUGUGAACUUCAGUGAAACAUUCUGUUUGAUUCAUUUCUAUAAAUCACUGAACAAAAAUAUUCAAAGCUCAAACUUCUGAACCAUCCCCAGUUCUGUGGAUAUUUACACAUUCUGAAAAAAGUGACACAGCACCCUGAGUUUAAUAGGAUUGUUACAGGUAAAAUCCUCAACAGGCCAUGAACUUAAAAAACAGAUCUCUACUAAAAAAAGGUGAAGAAAGAUGAUUGACCUUAGUUUAUUUGUUAAACUUGUCCAGAAAGGCCUGACAGCGAAUAACAGAGCAGGAAAAGAUGCAGCAUUUGGCUCUCAGUCUGUAGUUUAAAGCUUUAAGUCAUUUAUGAUUCUUUUGUUCCAGAUUACAUUCAUGUCACAUUUCUUUUCUUAGAUAUGGGACCUUUUUAACUUACACCAAGUCUGAUUUUAGUCCUGAGAUGCCUGCAAUUCAGAGAGAAACAUGCUGAUCUAAUGUCCUGUGUAGCCCUGCCAAAGAUCACCAGAAAAACACUGAAUUUUAACAUGAAACGGCUUUAUUCAGUGUUAAACCUUUAUUUAUCAGCAGACAUAUUUGUUUAAGAAAGACGCAGAUCUCUGCAGGUAAUUUGACCUCUCAUGAACUUUGGUCAUGAGUGAAAAUUAGCUGCUGGACAUGUGGAUAUAAACGCUGUGUCCCCACUAAGCGGUCCUGUUGGGUUCCUUUCGAUGUUCUUUGGGUUUCUGUCAUGAAAAAUACAAAAAUAACUGAUUUGUAUGGUCCCACUGUUUUUUGGGGUACCAAAUGUACCAACCAGACUUCAAGCAUGGAGAUAAACACUGAAGUAUUUUGAUUGAGAGGAGGGGGAAGGGGAGAUCAUACCGACAUCAGCUGGGCAAAGAGAAGGGCACAUAGAUUGAUGCAAAGGGAGAAAGAGAAGAGUUGAGAUGAGUCCAAAUGGGCCAUGAUUGGUUUGAGGGUAAUUAGAGACAAUAAUUCAAUUAGCAAAUAUCAGCAGUAGCUUUGGACUCUGGCUUUUUGCUAUGAAAAAUAUUGCAGAAGUAAUAUAUUUUUCAUAUUUAUGACACAAACAUGAAAACAAAGUCAUAAGAGCCCCACUCAUGUCUCAAAAAUCGGCUGGCCUUCUGUUCUUUUAAUUAUUAUCCACAUUUUAGACAUGCCGCUCAUGCUGCAGUCUGAACAGUCUAAUGCAUUCACCUGAAUGUCACAAUGAAAAUGUGGUCAUUCUGAAACCAUCAUGCAGCAGAUGUGCUUUUUGCAUGAAGUCCUGGGGUAAAGUUGUCCGUAGAAACACAUGCUGGAUGCAAGAUCAGGGUUUACGCCCUAGACCGGACCGCUUGGUUAAAACGCAGGAUAAGAUUCAAUCACUUUCUGACCAGUUUCACAGAAAAAAGAUUUGAGAAAAAGACCAAAAGUCAGUCUGAAGUUUUUAACAGAGGUGCCAGAUCUGAAUCCUGAAGUCAGGGGAAGGUGAUUCUGCAGAAUAACAGAGUUAAAUUGAGUGUGUGUGAAUACACACCUGAGCAGCUGAGUGUCUGACAGAGUGUGUGUGAGGUGUGAUCCAGACCAGUGAUAACACACAAGACAGGAUGUGACUUCAUAUUCAGUAUUUCUUCAUUAACACACACCUUUACCAUCAUUAGACAUACUUAUCAUCACCACACACACACACACACACACACACACACACACACGUCAGUCCCGUCCAUGAAUACUUGAGUUUCUCUCCAAACUGACUCGUUCCCUGAGCCGCUCUCACUCCUGGUGCUAUGAUGUGUUGUGGUCAGUGGCGGCCAUGAUAAAAGUCAUAAUAAUUGAGUGAUGAUGUAAUGAAUUACAGUGUUAAAUGGCUCCUCAAACAGGUGAGCAGAUGAGCAGGUUAGCUUUCAGCAUCAGCGUGAACAGGACUGCACUCGGACUGAUGGACCUCUGACUCUGACUGGGGAACGUGUGAAAAAAGACUCGUUCAAAAACAUGACCUGACCUGAGCUGAGCUGGAGUCGCCUGUCUCAUAAGAUCCUGCAGUCCUAUAGGUCAAUCAUGUUCCGCCCUCCUAUAGGCUCAGGGAGCUGUCAAUCAUCCCGGUGUGGUCGUCGUCUUCUUGGCUCCUCUACAACUACCUCCACAGCAGCAAAAACACAGCCCGUCCUCUCUGCUAACACACUGUCAUCAGCCUCCAGCCUGUGAAUGUCUACACACACACACACACACACACACACAUGAAUACACACACUAUCUAUCUACACAUCAAAGUGCUGGACUCCCUGUUGCCCCUCCCCCUCUCUAACAUACUUUCUUCUGAUGGUAAAUGACGGUUUACGGUCAAGCUGCAGAUCUUAAAGGUACACAGAGAGCAUCAUUUAGCCUUAAAGGGUUCAGUAUGUUCGACACACUUUUAUAUGAAUCCUUGUCUGUGGUCUGUUCUACCUGUCCCCGAUUCCACACCUGACCGUACCUGAUUUAUCACCCGUGGGCGGGGUUUAAUCUCCUCCUGGCUGCAUCAGAAAGCUCUUGAGAUCUGAAAGGUGUACCGGCCCUUUAAGAGUGCCUCAGUAAAGAGUGUUGCUGCUAUUGAACCCAGAAGUUGUUGCUCUGACUUGAAGCUCGUUUUAAGACUUAAAAAGUUUUUAGUUUAUUGUCACAGAUUUUCCUCCUGAGUGGUCUACUCUGCAGCUAACCUCUCUUUGCUUGUGUGCAGUCACCCACACUGACUAAAGGGGUUAUUGAUGUGGUGUUGGUCAGUUUAUGGGUUUAGUGAAACCAUAGACUAUGUACAAGAAAUGAACAUUACAUUUAGGAGUGUAGAGUUUGUCAUUUUGGGUCCUUGAAGCAGGAUGUUAAUGAAUUGGGUUUAAGAGACGAGCCAAACGGGAAAAAUGUACUUUUUCUUCCGCUUUUCCAAAUGGGCAUAUUUCACCCAGUGAAAUGCUCAUAGAAAAAUGAGCAAAUUGUGCCCUUGGUUCAGAUUAUUUCUGAUAACAAAGGAUGAAAGGGUACAUUUUUUUUGUUGGAUAACAUGAUAUGAGGUACUGCUAUGUCCACAGGGGGCACCAAACUCAAAACAAAUCCAAGAUUCUUACUGAAGCUUUAAACCAUAUGGAGAAUAUAAACAGUAAAUCCUCAGAGCGCCUUUUGGUAGGACUGAAUGUAGGCCGUUAUUGUAACGACCUUUCAUUCCCAAGUGUCCCCUGUCGAAUUCCCCCGUUUUCUGGCCUUUUGGCCUUUAAAUAAAAUGUAAAUGUACUUAAUAUCUUCAUGCUGUGUUGAAGAAGAAGAGAUUUAGACCAUAAACUCAUGAGAAAUGCAUUAAACCGUUUUCUCAUAGAUGUUAGUGUCACCCCCUGCUGGAUAUCCAAAAGAACAUGGUUCUAAACCACCAAAACAAAGAGGCUACGUCCACUUCUUGGUCACAGUCUAUGGUUGAAAAACGUAGCACCACAGAGAGUCAGACUCUUGAGAAUGUUUAUCUAAACCCCUUUGAAUCCCAGUGAAGACCUAUUCCAGAUGCCUCAGUUUGAAGAACUACAGGAGUAGAGCUCUACUCUCUGACCUUUUGUUGGGUUUCAGUCCUGAUUUGAUCCCUGCACCUGUUUCUGUUUAUUACCACUACAGGAGGGUCAGUCCUGAUGAGUGAUCACUACAGUGAAGAGGUCAGUCUGAUUCGAACCACUACAGUCAGGGCUCCUCUUCCUCCAUUGAACAGCACUGUUUUUUAUUCUUUGCCCUCUGAGAAUAUAACCACUACUCUGUCAGCAACCUAAGUUUCAAACCACAACGACUCAUUUUAAGUUUGCUCCACCAAUAACUCGGAUUAAAACCUGUUCUUAAAGCGUUUGGGGGGUACCGUGUUGUUUGAAACUUUAAAACAUCUCAACACUUUGGCUGCAUUGAACAGAAGCAGUCUGCAUGGUGCAGGGUUGGAGGAUAGAUGGUGGUACAAGACGCAUUAACUGCUGCAAACUUGUGACCCAUAUCACCUGUCCAGUUUAAAGUUUAAUCAGAUAGUCGCGGGAAGUUCAUCUUAAUUGUGCGCCUAAUUAACCCCCAAAGGUCCUGAAUUGACCCUAGUUCCUUGUGUCUGAAUAUAACUGAUAAAUUACAGUCAAAAUCAAUAGUUCUAUGAAAAGAAACUAUGACAAAUGGAGAAUUACUACAAUCAUACCAUUUGGAGCAGGGGUUUAUUUUGAUACAAAUUUCAGUGCUUAAUGAUCCAUCCUAUGUGCUCAGUCUGAAAAACUACCCAGACAAUAUUGUGUUCAGUGCAGCCAAAGUGUUUUUCCCUCUGUCCUCUGGUCAGAAACUGCAUCCUCUUUCUGAUUGGACAGCAGGUUUCUGACCCUGCAAGUCAAGUUCAGUCUGAAAAGCCUCCACCAAACACCCUCAAGAGGUUCAACGAAGUCCAGUGUUUGUAUUCAAAUUAAAUCAAGACCCAGAAGACUAAAGAUCUUUGCACACAAAUUUAAGGACUCUGUUCCUACAAGUACAGAAUUUUCAGUUUCUCUUGUACCACUAACUUUGGGUCGAACCACUACAGUGUCAGUUCCUGUUGGAGCAGAGUUCAGGGUUUCUGGUCUGCAGCCAGAUGGAGGUCCUGCUUCUAUCCCUUAUAUCUGUUUGCACUGCCCCCUCCCUCCCUCCCUCCCUCCCUCUAAUCAUCCUCUCUACAGUCCGGCACACAGACCCCCCCCCCAUCCUUUUCUACAGACGGUCCAUGAAAUGUCUUCCCGUGACAAUUGCGCGGUGUUUCUACAGUCGGAGGUUCAACAACAAUAACAUUGUUUCUAACGGUGACGGUAUGUCAUACUGUAAAUGAUGUUUAUCUGUCAUGCCUAGUCAAAUAAUUUAAACAAUAAAAAGAGGGAUUUUUUAAAUGUCUAUAAUAUCUGAAAGUCCCUUUGAUGUGUAGUUCUGGUGUUACUGUUGUUGUAGUGUAUGUGAUACCCUGUGGGGUUUGUGUUACUUUUUAAGAUAAUAAAAUAACAAUGUUUGAUUAAAACAUUCUCCUGUGUCUCUA